GGCCAACACUUGAUCCAACACUGUGUCAUCAUUCAACGUGAUGAGAAAGGUUAUGGCCUGACCGUUACAGGGGACAAUCCAGUUUAUGUGCAGUCUGUGAAAGAAGGUUUGCAUGAUGUUUAUUCUUUUUUUUGUGAGGAGAGAGUUUUUUUUUGCACACACACACGCACACACAAAGCAAUCUAACAGAAGGCCUUGGAAGAAAAAUCAUGAAUUUCAGAUUGAAAAGUUACUUGACUGUAGGAAAAUGUUCUGUUAACACUGGCAGAUAACCUUCACCUUUUCCCUCUUGAAUUUUGUUUAAAACUGGGGGAUGGGUUUUCUGUGAGAGCAUCUUGCAAGAAUUUUAUGCAUUUCUAUGAAUCAUCCCAAAGUCGAUCCUUUCUGACGGUGAAUUUACCUGAUGCUAAAUCUUCGAGUAGUUGUGUGGUGCCCACUGUUACUCUUUGUUCACUUGCAUGGUACAUUGUAAACUUAUUAAAUUCUCUAUCUCCAUUUUACGCACACAUUUGUUGCUGUUUGAUUGCUUUAAUUAUCCAAAGGAAAUAAAGAAUCAACCUUCAUGUAGGUUAAAAAAUUUUCACCUGAAUUUAAUUUUGACCUGUAACAUAUAUUGAAUCAGACUUGGUGAUUUGUAGAAGUUACAGUGUGUGUAAAAAGUUUUCUUAUCUGUUGGUUUUGCUUUUACAUUGGAAUCCCAGAGACUGGAAUCCCCAUUUUAUGAACCACCUUCAAAGCAAAUUGGUUCAAAUUAUUGGGAGGUUUGAAAAAUCAUGGGUAAAAUUGCAGUACUUAACUGCUAAAGGGAAGUUACAGCUGUAGAUUUGGGUUAAAUUAUUACGAAUUUUGAAAAACCGAGGGUUCAAAAAAUGGGGAUGCUACUGUACUUAUAAAAUUUAUAUAUUAAAUUACUGAAGUAAACACAUAGUGUCACUGAGUUGGAUGCUUAUCAUCAAUGUUUUGAACACCUGAUAAAUCACUUUCUGCCAGGUGGAGCAGCUUACCGUACUGGUGUACAAGUUGGGGAUAAGAUUAUCAAGGUACACUUUUGAAACAUUUUUUUGUUGUUUGACUUAACAUGACUUUACAAGUACUUGUCAGUGUGGUCCUUUUUUUGGUAUGAAAUUCUCAUUUGUUUUUAUGUUAAAGUAUUGAUGAAUUUUAUUCAUAAAUCAAAAUAAGUUUUUUAAGAAAUUCUUUUUUCGUAAAGCAAAAGUUAUGGUUUAUUCAUAAAGCAAAAUAUUGUCUGUUUUUGGAAUAAUGGCUCUGUAUUAUGGCUUUUAUUAGUAAUUGAAGACCUGGAAAACAUGGAAAACCUGGAGAGUUGUGGCUUUGUGCCAUGCUCUUUCUUCUUCAGGGUGGUAAUCCUUGCUUAUUGAAAGUUGAGGAUGGCUUGGUAAUAGUUAUGAGUUUUUCCAUUGAACUCUGUUCACUGCCUCCAAAUCCCAUUUUUUAAUUGGCCUUGAGAGUGUUUUUGUAGCGUUCCUGUUGUCCUUGUCCAUUCUCAUUUCUGUCAAUGUUGUGGUUGCAUGGAGCUUGCUAGCAGCUUUGCUCUGCAAAACGAUUCUUGAUAUGUGACAUUUCACCUGAAAAACUGAUGAUUUGAUGGAAAAUGGGUCCACAGGAACUCAUACAGAGGCUCUAUAGUAUCCUCAAGGUGGAGAAUGAUCCUGUUAAGGAAACCUCUGGCAAGUAUUUUGCCUGCAGUGAAAAGGAGUGAAGUGCUGUGGUGGUUGUUGCAAUUUUGCUUGUUGCCCUUACUUUAGUAUAGAUGUAUUGCAGUGUACUGAAACUAACAACACCAAGUAUUUCCUGAGGUUUUCCUGGGUUUCAUUUUACCUUAGUAAAAUAUUCUGGGAAAGUCACCCUACUUAUAUGAUUGACAGUUUCCACACUAAAAACAAUCUCAGUUGAAAAAAAAAGAAAAAAGUUUAAAUUGCGCCUAGAAAUUGAAUAUCGAAUCUUGAAUAAGGAAGAUACUUUAUUCAAACUUGCUCGGAAUUGUGACAUCAUUCAUAUUAUUUGCAUCUUAUGUUAGGGAUGCAGGAUGUAUGGGUAGCAAAAUUGCCUCUUAUGUUAAGAAAGAAUCACUUUUUUUUGUUGACACAACCAUAACUUCUUUUUAGGUUAAUGGAACUCUUGUGACGCACUACAAUCAUAUUGAAGUUGUGAACCUAAUUAAAGGUAAGUAAAUUCCCAGUCGUGUUGUCCCAAUAAAAUUUCAGUGCUUCUUUUACUGAGUAUGUAUUUGAGAAAUAUAAUUGACUCUCUGGAGUUGUAGUCUUGUCUCGUGAUAUGCAAUUAUUUUCUUGAGAAAAAUGAUAAUUACACAUUGUGUGAGGGUAAAAAAAACUGAACUAUUAUAAUAUAUUUAUUAUAUGCAACUGGGAAACUGUAAUAGAAUUGUACAUGUAGUGGGCAAUUCUUCUUAAUUUGCUUGGUAUAAUACUAUUUUGCUGCCUUGUGAAUGAAAGUAAACAAUUGACAUACAUAUUAUAAGAUCAGAAGUCAUUUAGAGCCUUAUCCAUUGCAUCUUGAACUCAGUUAGUUGAUGGUCAUUGUUCUUUUGUAAAUAGUGCGAAUGAUAAGUGAUUUGUAGUGAAGAUGCACAGGCACUCCUUUUGAAGUUAAUCUCAGAAUGAUCUUCUAUAACCCUGAUCCAGUACAUGCUCUAUGCUCUACCUCGGUUGACAUUUACAUGUUCCUUUUUUUAUUACGCCACAACUUUUCUUGAGUUCAAGAAAGUUAAUGUUUAUUACAUAAUUUUAACCAUAUCAUUUGGUUGUGAAAUGCUUUCCAAAGCUCUUUGACUAGAAACAUUAUCUUUUUUGUUUUCUAAGUUAAAGUUUAUUUACAAUUGGCUGAUGCAACAGUUACUGCUGCACUGUUACCGACCUAUGAGCAGUUGACGUAUCGUACCCUCUCACACCAUGAAAAUAUCCCACUAAUGAGAUGCAAUUACCGACCAUAAACAUCUCUUUACAAACCUUGUGCAAGUUUUGUGAUCUGUACGAUCUGUAUGGAUUGUAACGUGACUUAUUUACAGACCAUUGUAGUGCGGAUACAAGUGUAUAUUGGACACCCUCUGCAGUGCUGGCAUCCUUUUUUGAUCAUAAGGCUGAUGUUUGUAUUUAUUUUAUUUUAGCUGGAUCUUAUGUUGCCCUGACUCUUCUAGGAAAAGCACCAGCCCAUGUUCAAGGUAGUUUAUAGACAUUUAAAAGUAGUUUGUGUAUUUGAUUUGUCAGGAAUAGAUUUUUGUGGAUGAGUGAUGACUACCAAGCUAAUGUAAAAAAAUAAUAAUAAUAAUAAUUGGACUAUGGCAUUAAGCAGUCAUGACAGUACAUGCACCUCUCCUGUUAUAUAACCACUGCUGAUUAGUUUUGGUGUGGAUCUCAUGUGUAGGAACAUAUUUUUUUGUUAUUAUUUUCAGUUAUAUUUCUUUGAACACUGUUUUGGGACAGAUGAUUGUGUUACUUAAAGAAAAUUGAAAUGAUUGUUAAUUUUUUUGUACAGAUCAUUUUGAUCUCUUCUUGUUUUUCCUAUAACCAUGUGAAUGUGGGUGAUGGAAUUUACUAAUCAAAAUUCCUGCAGUUUUCACAUAUUCCUUUUCAAUAUUUAUUUGAGCACUGUGUAACUCUACCUCAAUGGAUAAGUGGUUUUCUUUGUAACACAGGGCUGUCACUAAGAUUGCUAGGUCAGUGUUCUCCUUAUCAGGCAGUAACCGGUAAACUUUUCUGCUUGAAGGAACACUUCUUACCGCCUGCAACCGCUUGAAGUGUUACUAAAAUCGAAUAAGUUGUUUCAUAAAAUACUCAAGUUGUGAUCCAAGCCGAUCCGCACAAGAAAAGGAAGUAAAUAUGGAAAAGAAAAAGUAUACACAGCUAUUCCUUUCAAAGCACUGCAGGCUGACAAUGUUUUCAUGGGCUUCUGUCUCAAUUCUGGACUUUCUCGACCAGCAGGAAAAGUUCACAAUUUCCGUGACUUGUUUUACUAAACUGACCCUAGCGGCAGUAGUCUGAAUUUCAUCCGAUUACUUCGAGUUGUUAUUACUCCCUCAGUAAAAUCUGAACCGACGGGCCGUUAAUGCCGUCCAGUGACGUCACUACUCCUUGACCUUUGCUUUAAUUCAUGCAAAAAGUAAAACACGAUUUUCAAGUGGCAAACUGAGAAAUAUCGUUUGGAAAUGUCUGCAUGAUACAGAAUUGCUUUAUUUUUUCGAUCAUAGUUCAUGUUUAACGUUCAAACUAUCAACUGCAUGCAGUACAACUCUGAACCGGUUGUACUGAAUUCUAUGAUCAAACUCGGUCGAAAUCACGCAAUGAAAUAAACACACACAUGGAACAUUUAGUUCAAAAACACAAUGAUUUGCUUUAAUUGAAAAGAAGCUAUUUGGUCCUUAACGAAGAAAAAAACAAGGAAACAAGAAAAAAAAAUCUAACAGAAUCGUUACACUUGAUGGUAAAAAUAGCAAGAAGGUCAAAUCAUAAUAUUAAUCUCAGAAAACUUCGUGUAAACAAAAUCACCGCCACUGAAACCACAAAGCGGCUCCAAAUGAAAAACCUACCGACUCUCUGCAAUGAUUUGCAGUUUAAUUUAGCAUUGCAGUGCCGAAGACAAGGGCAGUUUUGCUGUUUAAGAUAAAGAUUAAGCUUAUCGAAAUGUUUGAACUGCACGAAAGAAUGCCAGGGAUGCAAUCUGCUGAACAUCAAGCGAUAAUCCCACUAAAAUUUUUCAUAAUUAUACAUAAUUAUGUGAAUGUUUAGACAAUCAACCAAUCACAAUGACUACCCGGUUUUCGGGUAGUUAGUGACGUCACUGGAUUGCACUAACGGCCGGUCGAUUCAGCCUUCAUUCGUAAAAUUCUUUGUUUUGAGGUGUUUAAAAUACUUUUUGGUCAAUUGGUUGACAGGAUGCUUGAAAAUAAAAGCCUUAAUGAAAGCGAAGCCCCCAUACCAUAUUUUGCGUUUGUUUUCCAUGAAAGUAGAUGGGGGUUAUACUCAUAGUAGGUGGAAGAAAUCAUUGGGCCUCAGCCGUUAGUGACAGCCCUGUAACAUUUUCCUUUUGUUUGCAGCAGAGAGGCAAGGAUCUGCAUCACCACCUGCAACUGUAAGUUGCUUUUAUCUUUUUAAGAGUCAAAUUGUCUCUUCAACCUUAUUCUUUGAGAUACGUGAAAAUGAAUCCAUGAAUCCUUGGAUGGACCUGGACGGAUGAAGGAUGGAUACUGGAAAACUUGCGUUCAUUAGUUUUUUAGUUGGAGUAUGAUAAAUUCCUACAUGUAACUGUCACAAACUGUAACUAUACAGGCAUCUGUAAUCAAUACCCUUUGUUUGGUACUUGUUAUGUUAAUUCAUUUAUUUUGUUAUUUAUUUCAAUUAGAUGCCCAGAGAUCCUGUCAGAGAUGAGAGAACAAUAACUAUUCAGCGAGUGUUAGAUCAAGAAAGACAGUUUUAUAAGGUGAAUUCCGUAUAAACCUAGAGAUAUAUGAACUGUUACUGAAGAUGAUGAUGUGAACUAGUGCUUGCGGUCCACAGUAGUCAUCUUGCGCAGGACUUGUUAGAACCUAAAGCCACCAGUCAAUGGGCCAUUAAGUUUGAAAGUAGACAGUCAACAUGAAAAAAUAGGCAGCUGAAGGCAAUUUCAAGCUUUCACUCAGUCACCUUACCAUUUUCCCCCAAAAGGUAGGCAGAAUUUAAAGUAGCCAGUUUUUUAUCCAGUUGCCGGCACUUAAUGAGAAGCCUUGCUAAUAUGUGACCUCUCACGGGAAAACAUUCCUAACAGCUUCCCGAUAAACGGGGGAAACGCCCAGCUUUCGAAACUAGUUGCAAACGGCUCAUUCACCUGUUUGAAUGGGUUCAUUGAAUGGCUGAACGGGUUGUUAAGUUUUCCGAACGGCUAACACAAACAAGCAAAUGGCUCACUCACCAGUUCGAACGGGUUCAUCGAACGACUGAAUGGGUUAUUAAGGUUUUCGAAUGGCUAACACAAACGGGCAAACAGCUUACUUAUCCGUUCAAAUUUGACCUGAAAUUUGACCCACCAGCAAUUUGAAUACGCGGUGAAGCGUUGUGUGACAGGACCGUGUGACGGAUGGUACUAGACUUUUUCAAUUACUAGAGAGCCUCAGUUAUUUAGGUGGUUUCAAUACAAACAAAUCAAAAAUUAAAAAUGAGUGAUGUGGAACUUUUUCUCUUCAUUCUCAAGUUGCCUUCAACUCUCAACCAAAGGAUGGUCUGCCAAAAUAAUGAUAUCCCAAGUCCUGCUCGUGCACAGCUACAAGAAUCCAACAUUCUUUUUAUUACGCACAGUAUUUCCUUCCACUGUUGAUUUGUGCGACUGCACGCAAAAAGACCGACAAACGUUUGUAAUGUAUACAUGCGGAAUGUUUGGAAUGCAUUGUUUACAUAUGGCUUUAAUUCAUUGUCUGAUAAACCUGGAGAUUGAUUGCCGGAUUGUCUGAACUGAUUACUAACUAAUCUGUAGGUUUUGAUUGCAGUGUCUUAUUCUCAAACUGUGCGAUGGUGUAUUUGUCAUUAUUUUCAUCAAAACAAUGUAUAGUAAAAUUUUACGUAAUAAAAUUAUACAUAGAUUUGGUUUUUGUGAUAUCCGGAAUCAUCAUUGUCUAGGUCCUUUGGCUGCAGUGAUGAAACUUAACUUGACCUCAUUGAUUAUUCUGGACAUUUCAAAAGCCGCAUCCAAUAAUUAUUUAUAAAAUUUUUCAAAAUUUCUAUUGAGACAUGACACUUGACUUGGCUACCUGUUGAUUUGUUAGCUAGCCAGAUUUAGAUCUUAGUGGCUUAAGGAUUAGUUCUUAAUAAACAUACGGUGUAAGGUCAAGCAGUAUAUGUACAAUGUUUGCCUGAGUAGGUGCUGCCUUAAAUGUAGGCUGCAUUUAGCACUGGCUCUACAUAUGCAAUGAUUACCUUUUAGAAAACAAGGGAAGAAUAUAUGAAAAGGCCAUCAGAAAAGCUUCAGAAAGAGGUACUCCACUCUGUAUUUGUUACAAAAUAUUCAAUGCUGAUUUUUGUGUCUGGUAACAAUAGUAGUUUGGUGUAUGGUAUACAUGUACCACUGUACAUGGAGCUCCAUUAUUAUGACCCUGAAAUGGGACAGCAUCACAUUAUGAUAUUCAAUACUACAACUUUUAGCUAUGUAACUUAUUCCUAUAACUAGUCUAUAUUAUAAUUCAGUGCUCCAAGCUCAACUAUUUUGAAAGUUGCCUUUGGGCAACCUGAAAUUGUAGGAUGAUGGUUGGUCAUAACAACCAUGUGAUGUUUGAGUCUUUAGGAUGAGGAAACCACUGGACUUGAUGUUCAGGUCAAAUAAAAGUUGCUGUAAUAGCAGCUUGGUCAUAUGCAUGUAAACACGGUGUCGGCAGGGUUCUACCCUACCACAAAGGAAACCAGUACUGAAGGAAGCUCUAUCUUUUGGUUCUUAUUCCUUACAUUGUAUUUAUGGCACAUAUCCAAUUCAGUUUGCAGAAUCAACAACUCGAAUCAAAGCCUUUGAGGCAGAACUUAGUGCUUUACUUCAAUCUCAGGUAACAACAGAAUCAGUUUCAUUUCUGUACAUUCAGUUAAUAAGUUUGUGUGGUGACAAUUAUUAAUGUCAGUGUGUGGUGGAGCAGCGAGUAUAGAAUGUUUAAUCUUUUAUGAAGUAAAGAAGUUGCAUCUUUAAUGUUCAGACAUUAUCUAACCUGAUAUUGUGGUAUUGUGCUCAGCAGGUAAGGGACCAUUCGUAGCCGGUAAGGCAAAAAAUAUGUGCCAGAGGGGCAGUUUUCUUGGUGGGGGAGCGGGUGUAGUGGGAGAGGGGUAGUGGAGUGAGGGACAUGACCCUGCUCUCGCUGGGAAAUUUAGGGGCUAAGUUCUCUGAAACAUCAUUCCCUCAUUUUAAGACCUAUUUUACGCAAACAGUUUAAAACAUUUAAUUCCAAUAAUUUUACUCUGUCGUUAAUGUUCUCUUUCCAAAAUGUGUGGCCCAGAAAAAGGAAAGCUAAUUAUCAUUCAUUUCGGUGUUAGAAUCAGAUUGGAUCAUGACUUGCUUAUUUUUUAAAACUACAUAGUUAAUUUUAGUAAACCUUCAAGCGGCUGUAGGCGGUAAAUUUUACCGGUUACCUCCUGAUAAGGGGAACACUGAUUAGAUGAUCCUCUAUUAGUAGUAAGUGGCCAACCUUUGUUAAGUGCUUUACCAAAAAAACUGAUAAAAAUGGUGAUAAUGCACCUUGUCCCCCCCCCACCUCAAAUUUUGCUUAACCAUUGUUUCCAGUUUCUCUUGGGUAUUACAGUUGUCCCAAGAGCAUUCAAAGACAAUGGUUGUGCAAGAUUUUGGGGGGUGAAUAAGGUGCUUUGUGGUCUAUGUGAAAAUGGCGAAUGUGGAUAGUAAACAAAUUUUGCCUAUGGUAAAUUGCUAGUGUACAAAAUCAUCUGCCUGGUCACAUGUACUGCCUUCUUCAAAUUUCCACCAACACUUGUCUUUUUUGCAGCCACCACUCUCUAACAAUGGGCCAUUCUCAGCACCCCCUGGUAAAACUGCCCCUCCCACAGUUUGGCAGGCCCCAAGCCGAAUUCCAAGCAGGUGUCAAUCACUUUCGACUGAUGAUGGGAUAAGUCAGCCUCUGAAUCAAGAUCCAAAUGCCCUGUAUGACAACUACCUUCAGACACCUAUCACUGUAGAUGACACAGACAAGUUCUCACCACAGAGACCAUCCUCUCCACCUGUGCCACCAGAAAGGAAGCCCCGUCCCACAAAUGAUCAGCUUGUGGUAAGUGAAAUAUCACUUUGCUUAUUUCAAACCCAUAAACCUGUCAUAAUUUUGGCAAUAAUGUGUUUGUCCUACUUAGAUAAAUGAAACAUAUUAUGGUUUAGGUUAUGAUAUUUCAGCCUUUAAAUUCAAGGACCUGUUUGUUAUUGGGUGAUUGAGGGACAUGUCAGUGUUGUUGUUGCUUUUUGUUUUUUCUGUGUGAUUUGAUAGUAUUGCUCAGUUUUGUAAUGGCAAUAAAAAAACCAUGAAUACUGGACUUACUGGUAUUAUUUCACCUAUAUAAAAAUCAGCAACAGAGACCUUUUCGAAUCAACAUCUUUGUAAAGGUGCUGUUUUGUUUACCUUUCUGUUUGUAAUGCCAUGGUGAAAUUGAGAACAUCAUUCAACUUAUCACCAUUUACCCUAACUUGUAAAACAGGCAUCUGAGCUAACAAGAUAAGCAGUAAUUUGGGACAAUUCUUGUGUGAAAACAAGAGUGUGUCCUAUUUUACUUGUACUUGAGUUGUAGUUGAAUUAUCAUUCAUAGUCCCCAUCGUAAUCUUUAUUAAGCUGUAAGCACUGAGGUUUCUCCAUGGUUCAGUUCACAGGGCAGCGUUGACUUAAAAUAUUAUGCUUAGACUUUGCUAAUCAGCGUUUUUGUGCAGCUUUCUGACAUUAAUUUUGCUAAUCAAACUUGUGCAUUAAUCUAUAGCAGCUAAGUGGUGUAGGUUCAAUCACUAGCCCCAGCAAAAAAAGGCAUAAGAAGUUAUCUGUAAGUAUAAUGCUAAUUUCCCCCUUAUAAAUUUUAUACUUAUCAAUAAUUAAUCUUUAACUGCUUCCCAAUUUAUAAGCCAUUUGAUGGUAGCUCUUGGCCAUUGAUUUAGUCAUUCUUACUUGUACGUGUUGGUUGUGUAUAAUAACCGUCAGGUGGAGAGCUUGUCCGCUUCUCAGCAAGAUUUUGUUGGCUUCUUUCAGAAGGAGAUGCUGUUGAUCCAUUAUUAAAUGUAACUGAGCUUAAUAAGAAAAAGAAUUUCUUAUCUUUUCUAAUACUGUAUAAAAGAUUGUUGACUCAGGGACAGUUUAGAAGCAUUAGGAUUGAGGUAACAAGUCAUACGUGCAGUGCCUUUAUUUAUCCUCAGAUUUACAGUGUAGCUCUCAAAGCUAAUAUCUCCGAGAUAGAAGAAAAUAAAUAUUUAAUUGAAGUAAUUUUAUCCUAAAAAUUAAUAAAAUAAAAUAAAUGAAAGGAAAUACAGCACUAUAUAAUUUAAGUACCUAUUAGUUGUAUUAUUAUAUUUGUUCAAAUGAGAUUUGUCGCACUUUGUAUUUGAACUCCCUUAUCGCUCGAUCGAGUCGCCAUAGGGAUAAUCAAGUUGCACAAUAGACUGGUUCCACUCGUUACGUCACAGGUAAUUUCAUGUUGUUAACUGGAAGUUAAUCUGCCGUAGAAAACGCCGUUUUUUCGCCUUAGGAACAUCGAAUUGGCAGAAAAUAAUAGCAAAAUCGUUUUUAGAAUACUUUUUUACAUAUAAGGGGAUAAACUUGUAUUUUUGGGUUUACAUGCCCUAUUUUAGAAUGGCUCAAUUUUGGUGCAUUAUUAAACUUAACUCUUUGAGAAUUCAAGUUUAAGUGAAUUAGCUCUAUUUGAUCCUAAUAAGAAACAAAAAUCAUCAUAGUUUUUGUGCAAGCUGUGAUAACGCUUUCCUUGGAGUUAUUCUUUUUUCUGCUGAUAAACUCUUAAACUGUUUGUCAACUUGCCUUUUUGGAUAUUUAAAUGUUUGUGUGACUUAUUUUGAGCUUACUGGCUUAUAGCCAGUAAUGCUCCAUGCUGUUGUCUGCAUAAGAAAGAAUGAACGAGUGAAUGUAAGGUCAUUUCUAUUGUUCUCAUGUAUGUACUAAUGCGUAACCUUCGCAGCUGAAGGGACUGGGUUCAAUACCUGCUUCAUGUAUGUCCCAUUUGUUUACUCUGUUUUGUAAAGUGUUGUUAUGACAAGGAGGAAUUUGUUACUGAUUGUUCUUAGGGCUUGAUAAAAAGGUUAAAUAGGAUAUUAUACUGGGAUAUUUGAAAAACAUAAGGUGUUUGUUUUCAUGAGGAAUGGUCUUCAAACAACAUGCUCUUUUUUGACUUACGAUAAUUCUUGAAUUGGUUUAGCCAAAUUAUUUUUUUGCUUUUUCUAUCUAUUCGUAAUAUUGCUUCAUGUGUUGAUUGAAUUUUACUAGUAAUGAAUAAUUUUUAAUUGUUAGAAGUAUUAAACAUUGAAAAUCAUAGUGUUGAAAAAUGCAAGCACGAAUGUGUCACUUUUACUGCCGUAUUUAUUUGGCUAUAAACAGAUCUUGGCUAUAAGCCAAGACCCUAAACUUGAAACUUGUAGAAUCAGUAUAACCAAGAACAAAAGAUAAGUCCAAAACACCUGGUUAUAAGCUGUUCGUUACAAGAAUUUAAACUAAUCUAAAACUUAACAAUUUGGGAAAGAAUGUGACCUCUAGGAAAACGUACAAUUGCUGUUUGGGUUUUUUGCUGCUAUCAGUUUUUCUUCAUGUCUUCAUCGCAUUAUACUUGAAAUGAUCACAUAAAUUGUCUUUCAAUCAAAACAAACCACAUCAGUUUGUGUUAUGUUUGUCCCUGUUUAGUAACUAGGCAAAUGUUUCGAAGCACAAGUGUGACCAAACAUGGCGGACUGUUCACACAUUCGUUGACAUCUUUCAUUUGUUUUACACCUUCCCUCGUUGUACAAGGCUUACCAAUGUGAGAUUUUAGUUUUGAGACCUGUUUUACUCUGAUAUUUUGACAAGUUGGGACUGAAUUUCUGUGCUUAGCUAACUUAACAUUCAGAUUUGUAGUUAUGCAAUCAAUUCUACAGGUAGCGUUAGUUCUGUGAAUGCAACUAACAAUGCGCAGUCUUUGUAGUCAGAUCACGUUGGCGUUGGCAAACUGGAGAAUAAUAGUUUAGGUCAUCAUAAGGAAAAAUAAAUGAGUUAUUCCUUGCUUAUGUAGGCCUGUAGUUUUAUUCACUUGUAGGAAAAACACUGCCUCAUUAGUUAUAGUAGAUGUUAGUUUUAGAUUAUUAUAGUGAACUAAUCAGAUUGCUUGAAAUACCAAGAUCAACGGGUGUAAAAUGUGAUGUAAUUAUAAUGAUUAUUUUUUUGAGUGCAUACAAAUCAGGUCAUAUACUUCAAGCUCCCAAACAGCUGCCUACUUUGCACAUGAACGUUCAUCUAAUGCUUUUCAACCUUCAAAUGUUUGGCAGCAAAACAUGUCAUUGUUCCACCCAAAAAUUAGACAUGUGAAGUGUGGUUGAUGGAGACAGUGCUUGAUAUGAACUUUUUGCUCUACAGCUACCUGAGGGUCCAGUUCAUGUAAGACAGAGAUCCAGUCCAGAUGCUUUAUUUCCCAUGAUGAAUGGAAACAACUCUUCAGAGAGAGGAUUUUCUGCAAGAGAUAAUGUCAAGAAAAAGAGCUUUGAUGAUACAUCAGCCAUACCACGGGCUAUUCACUACGGCAAAACACAGAAAAACUCACUGGUAAAUACCUAUGACUUAAAACAAAGCUUGAAUUGUUUUCUGGUGCUUUUUCAGGGAGUCAAGUAAGUAUAUAUGAAGUUUCAAAUAUCAAAUAAAAGGAAAAUAAAAGUAUUCCUGUGAUGUGAAAAAAAAAAUGUUAUUUUAAUGAACUAUUUGAUACUACUUUCAGUAGUCCAGUAUAAAUCACCUCGGUUUUAGCAAAGGUAAGCUGGUAUUAGACUGCCUUUUUUUAUUGAACAUACAUUACAAAAAUGACUUAAUGCCCAGACUAAUCAUGCUGGAUUCUUGAAGUCCAGAGGUAAAGCCAUAGAUUUACACAUAGGUUCUUUUGGAUGACACCACUGAGCGCUGCAUCUAGAAACAUCUAUAUCCAUAGUGUUAGUAUUGUGUUUAGUAGUAUAAUGCAUUCAUUUUUUCAUGUUUGUUGUGUAGACCUCAUCUCUUCCACGGGCAUGGGUUCCAUAUAGCCAUGAAAAUAAAGCAGUACAAAUAGAUGACUUGAGGGGUAAAGGUGGAAGUAACAUCAACACCAGUUCUCCUCCAGCCACACCAACACUGUCAGAACCAAUGGAAAAGAGAAUUCGAAGUGAUACUCCAGAGAACUUUAUGGAUGCAGAUGAUGAUACACAGUCAGGUUAUGCUGAGACUAACAAAUCAGGUGUCAUGCAUCACGGACAGUCAAUUAAUUCAAUUAUCUCAAUGGAAGACGAUGAUUUUGCUUCUGAUGAUGAGAAGGUACAAGGCAGUGAAAUCGUUAUUAUUGUAACAGCUGUAUGCACCAGGCAUACUUCCUUUCUGUUUUAGAUAAACUAACAAGAGACACCUAAAAUUAAAGAAACAAGAAAUUAUAUGACAAAGGUUGACAGCAUAUAUACUCAGGUUUUUCUUGUCAUGAAUACAUGUACCGUAAGUGCCUCUAUGUGUUUGUGUUCUCUGUACGUUGAGAGUUUGGAUCAUUUCUAAUCUUACCUAAUAAACACCCAUAGCAAUUUUUUAUGGUAUGUUUUGAUCCACAGAUAGAUGACCAUGGUCCUUUUAAUAGUUUGGACAUGCUAAAGAAUAAACCAGGUAAUAAACUUAAGUUAAGUAAUAUUUAGCUGGUCUUGAGGUUUGAAAUACCGUAAUUUCUAUUCUUGGUAAGAUGGUGGAAACUAUUCAUCCUUGAUUUUGUAUUUAAUGCGUUUGCUUAUGUUUCAGCUCAUCUUGCUGUGUUUCUACAUUAUCUUAUAUCUAACAGUGAUCCAAGUAGUCUGGUAAGUGUUCUGUGGUCCUCAGUUUAAUACGCAUAGGACCUGUAUCAUGCAGUUUAGCCAAACCUAGCCUUUAGGUACUGGCCAACAAAUAAUGGAGUGAAACUUAAAAAUAACUGCUUCAAUCAGUGAAGGAACAUAAAAAUAACAAAGGAAGUAUAGUAGAAGGUGUGGAUGGGCAAAGUUAUUUGAAGAUUAAAAUGCGUUGCAAUAAAUUAGGGUGUUUGAAAACUUUUCAGCCCAGUAGUUUUUCAAGACUUAUUAUCGUUGUCUACUCUCACUCUCUUGGAAGACAUAGUCCGUCACAAAGCUGUGAUCCAUCCAGAAGAAAUUUCUUCAUGGCAAGUUGUCAUAGCAAGUGAUAUUGACAAAACUUAAACGAAAUACACUAAACGUCUGUGACAUGUCAGUUCCUUUAUGAUUCAGUAUCUACAGGACUAAAUUUAAUGCCCUGUGACAUCUCUUGAGGACCAGAUCUUAGUAAAGAGGGUAUUUCCAUCAGCACAGGUUCUCAGCAACCAGGGGGUUAUCUGAUGCAGAAAUUGCAGUUCCUUCACUUGUCAGAGGACAAAAAAAAAACAAAAAAUACUUCAAUCUUUCAGACUUUUAAUGUUUUCUUGUAAAUACAUGUCGUGCUUAGAUUUAAAUGACUGCCAUUAUUGUCAAUAUUUUAUUCCUUACGAAAAAAAAAAGAGCGAAGAUCUGUAAAUUGGUUGUGUGCGUAGCGUGCCCAAUACACAUAAGGAUCGUCAAGCAAAGCUUGAUCUUGCUUUGGUCAUAAAUAUCUCUUUCAAUUGGUUUGGGCAAAUGCAGUUACCUAGCAACAAGGUAGCAUGUAAACAAAACCACCAGAACCUGACCCGGUUGUUUUAGUGGCCAUUUAAGAGGUGAGGAAAUGCUUUUAGCGAUAAAUUUUGAACUUAGAAGUACCUUUAGAGAAAAUAGAUGUGAUUUGGACCAGAUUGUACAACAAGAUAGGACUAUUAUGUGAUAAAUUGUGCGAUUUUUAAUGUUGUUUAACCCAUUUGCUCCUGGAGAUUUUGCCAAAAAACGCGUUUUGAAGCUAGUCGAGUGGUUUUGUGGUCACAGUCGUGCUAUAAGGAGCUAAAACUUACCACAAAACUGUUUACUGGUCAUACAUUUCACAGCCUUCUGACCCAGAUGCAAACUGUUUGCUUGUGAAGUUCGGGCAUGCACGGAAAAAAAUUGUUAAAUUAGUCCAAUUGUCCCCGCUCGGAAAAGAAAACAAAUAGAAAGAAAGAAAAAGGACACUUGUUAAAUAUUACAUGAUGCAGUUACACUGCUGACCACGCUGCCUGUCUCUGAAAUCAAAAUGGCUGCCCAAAGGUACCACAGUCGAAGGUUUCAGAUGUAUUGCAAGGCUUUCUUUAGUGAUAAAUCACCUUAAAUAACAUUAAAAUUGGGAAAAUGUUUAAUGAAAGUUAGAAUUUAUCCUUUACUUUACUUGAAUUAAACUUCUUUUAUUUUUACAAAUAAUUAGAUUUUCCUCUAAUUGUGCGAUCAGAUGCGAUUUGAGGCCAAAUGUGAUUGCACCAUUGCACAAAAUCGGAAGCUCUGCUUGAAACAUUGUUUCAAUUUAUUGCAAAGAACCUUAAAUGAAAGCAAAUAUUUCAUUUUAGUUUUCUCAAAUUGUGCAAUUUUUUUUAUACGAAUUAUGGGAUUUUUCACGAAUUCUGCGAAAAGUUGCGAUUUGAGGUCAAUUAUGCAAAGUCACAGAAUAUCAGAACCAUUGGUUUAAAUGCGUUAUUAAAUUUUACUGUCAAUAGCCUUGAUAUUUUCCUCCAAUAUAUCUUUGAAUUUGUGUUUAAUAUGGCUCCAUCAACUUUGAGCAGCGUUUGCCAGCAGAAGUGCUAUGGAAAAGGCUUUAAAUCAUGUAUGAUCAUCCUCAGUAGUGUAGUUGUAAGGACAGGUCGUACUGAACAGGAUAUAUGGUGUCUGAUUCCUCUUUGAAUACCCUUUUCUUUUUUCUUUCUUUUUUCUGGUGGUUUGUUUUGUUUUUAAGAAGGAAAAAAAAGAACUGUCUUUCUUCCUUCUUACCUACCUACUGGCCCUUAGCGCAGUUUUGCGAGGCUCUGCAAUUCACUUAUUUCUAGUAUUUUAUGUGUAGUGUGUCUUUCUUCAACUUCUUCAGUUUAACUCUUACAGGGCAUAACUUCAAGAGUCCCUGGGAUCUGGGUUUGUGUCUUGUAAAUUUCAUAUCCAUGUCCUUUCUCACCAGAUAGUUAAAUUUUUUCUUGCAGUUUUUUUGGCUGGUUACAGAUUCCUACAGAGAAGGAACACCAAAGGAGAUGAAGAAAUGGUCCUAUGAGAUCUACUCCACAUUUCUUGCAGAGCGCGCAGUAUGUGUUACAGUCUUAAUUCAAGUUACUCUACCUCACAAAUAUUGCUGCCAAAAUAACCCAUGACUUCUACACAGCGAUAAUUAGAUACUUUUUUUUAUUUCCAGUAUGAAUAUCAAUUUUGAAACAUCCUUUAUACUUCUGUGAGUCCAUGUAUAGUAGAUUUGCUCGUAUACCCUGUUGAAUCACUCCCUUUCUGAGGCUUUUAAUCAAUCAAGUUGAGUUAACAAAUUACUGAAAAUUACUUUAAUUAUUUUAGGCCCUUUUCACAUGUAUCUCUUUUUUAUUGAGAAUUUUUCUUUCUCCAUUUCCCUUAAAUUCUGGUUGAAUUGUGAGCCAUGUCAUUACCUGUCCAUUUUUGUUUGAGUAUAAUAAUAAUGUUAUUAUAUAUUUUUUGUUAAUUUAUGUCUGCAACAACCAGUAGCUGUGUAUACUGGAAAGAGCAUACACAUCCUCUUUGAAGGUCCUCAUCGCAUUUACCUGAUUUAUGAUACCUGUCUCUCUCUCUUUUAUUAUCAGCCUCUGAAAGUUGACAUGGAUAAAGAGACCAUUGUACAGCCAAUUGGUAGGUAAAUAUGAGUGGUCUAUUGGUGUAGCAUUAAUUUAACGAAAGUCUAAGAAACUGUUUAAGACUGCCACAUAGAUAGGCCUUUUGCAUUAGUUGAUCGCAUGAUCAACUUUUGUUAAACACAAAAAAAGUGUGCUUUUGAAAAAUUUUGUUAGCUUGAGCUGAAAGAGCAUAUUAAAAUUAGGUAACCUGUAAAUUUUCAGCUGUAUAUCUCAAAAGUAGCAGUUGCAAUGGCCGCUGAAAAUUAGAAGGAUUUGUAAAAACAACUUUUGCCACGCAGUCACACUUGAAUGGUUUUCUAUACAAAUCCUUAUAAAUUUUGAAAUUUUCAAAUUAUUGUGAAGUGUUUCCUUAAGCAUUACAGGAAUCAAAUCUCCUAAUAUUCAUAAUGGCAGUUUGAACCCUUAAAUGCGUAAGGGAAAGAUUUAACGACAGUUUAAAGAUUCCAGAAGUUACAAGGAAUUGCACGGAAAACCACUUGAGUGUGACUGGGUGGCAAGAGCUGCUUUUCUCAUACAAAUCCUUCUAAUUUUCAGUGGCUGUUGCAAUCACUACUUUUGAGAUAUAUGGCUGAAAAUUUACAGGAUACCUAAAUUUAAAAUGCUCUUUUAACUCGUGCUAACAAAAUUUUUCAAGAGCGAACUGUUUUGGUGUUUACUAAAAGUUGCUCACUUGAUCAACUAAUGCAAAAGGCCUAUUGAAAGAGAUAAAACACAUUUUUUGAUCAGCCAACAUCAUUGUCUUGUCACUUUAUUGUGACUGGUGAUUACAGUUUUUUAACAACAUCAGGCAGGCGAAAUUUACCAUGCUUAACUUGUUAAUAAAAGUAAUAUAAUAUUGUUUAUUCCUUAUUUGAAUGUUCUAUAAUGUGGAUUCCUUUUUUCAGAGAGCUGCUUGGGUUCUGAAGAAAAUCUUAAGAACUUAUUUCAGCAAGCCAGGUACAAAUGAUUAUUAUCUUUUUACAUUAUUCCAAUUUCUCUGCUGGUACAUAUAAUUUUGGAAUUAAUUUUGUGAGCUUCAUCAUCAGCUGCACCGUGGAUUAACUAGACUCAUUAGAUCAACUAUCCAAAACCAUUGUUUGAAGCUUCUAAAGCUAUUUUCUGAACUAGGUUUUCUAAAGUAGUUCCAUUUGAAGAUUUACAAUUAUUUGAUGAGGCUGAGUAAAAACAACCUAAAACAUGGUUACCUUGAUCAAUGUUAAAUUCCUGACUUCAUAUGACUGUUCUUAAGCAAAUUCAGUCUUCAAAGGGAUGUUUAGUUAGCAGAUAUUCUUCAAAUAGUGGUUGUCAUCGAUUGAGUUGUAUUUUUGCUGUUUUCUUUGUAGUGGUUUGUUUAAUUUUUUUAAUUCCUUGCAAAACGUGUGAAAUUUUCUGCCGUUUUCUCCAGUUCUGUCAAAAAAGCGGAGCUAACAUAACCUUGUCCCCAGGGCCUCUCUUUCUGCUCUGCCUUUUUCUGUUGUUAUCCGGAACUAUUGAUGUCAUGUUACUAGAUAUCUCAGACAUCAUCCAAUUUUGGUCAAAGCCAGCUGGUUGUGAUGAACUAGCCAGGGAAUUUGAGGCAAUUAGAAAUAUUUUGAAUGAAGAAUAAUAGUCAAUUCAUUGGUCCUUUAUAUGAUAUUUAUUGAGGUUCUUAAUCUGCAGUUUCUAAUAUACACAAUGAUGUUUACUGUUUUUUCCCCUGGCCAUAUUCAUUUUUGUAGGGCUGCUGCAGGAGACGAAAUAGGAGAACUAUUAGCAGAUUUUAGGAAUAAACGAGCUCUUGGUCUUGGUAGUUUGUUUGGGGAUCAUCAGCUUCAAGGUACUAAUAAGAAGCAAAUUCCCACUAUUAAAGUAACUGUUAACAUUGUAAGUACAUUGUCAAGAAAUAACAUGGAGAGAAGAUUUUGUAGUGCAAGAGUAGUAGUCACAGUUAUCUUAUCUUUUUUGGAAACCUUAUAUAACUGAGUGGAUGAUCUUUUCCCAUAGUAACUGUCUCAUAGAUUAUUGUCUGGUAGAGCAGAUGGGCAGGGGCUUCCACUUUCGGCAAAGCCAGCCCCUUGGCAGAGUUAUGCCUGUGGCAGGUAAACCCAUUGAGCUCUCACGCCAAUGGCACCAGGCACCUGUCACAGUGAUUUAUCAGGGUAAAAAUAAAAAGGGGGAAGGGAUGGAGGGAAAAGAGUGAUCCAAAGACUAAAUAAAGAGAGAGGCCGGCAGGAAAUGCCGUACAAAGCACAUAGAGAUGAUCCAAACCUGACUGCGCUUGAACCACUGCACUGACCAUUGCCCGACAAUACGCGCCUGCACCCCUAGUUGUUAACUACAUUAAAUUUAAUUUAACUUCUUAUGAACUUCUUGUUUUAACUGGUUGCAUGUCUUACAGAUGAUCACAUGGAUAAGGGAAAGGAACUGCAAGUAGUGGAACAGACCCUGAUGCCGCACUUGGAAAAUAUCAUGUAAGUUCAGUUGCCAAAGUGCCUGAAAAAAAGGAGUGUUGAUGACUUGAGUGUCAAAGCUACUAGUUGCCAGAAAGCAUCUUAUUCAUUAUCUUCUUAGUUUUAUUGUCAAUUAAUGUUUUAUUCACAGGUCAAGGAAUAGCUACUGAAAUUUUCAAAAUUGGUUUCCAGCACUUGCGUACUUUUUGUCUUGAAACCUACGUGGAGACAUCCAGCAGGGAAUUUCAAAACCCAUUUAGGGGUACAAACAAUGUAGCCCACAAUAUUAUUGGCCUUGUGUGAGCAACUUGGCAAAAUACGGACCUUUGUGAAGUCAUAACACGAAGUGAAUUGAAAACAUGGCAUGAAUUCUCUUGUUAUAAGCAGAGUUUUUUUAAAACAAGCAUUUAAGAAGAAAAAUGAAAGAUUUAUAACAUGACUUUUUAGGGUCCUCAUGACUCCAUUAUCAAGUGAGAUGUGAAUAAUAUUACAAUUUAUUGAACAAAUGCAAGAGAUGAGAAGAAAUAAAUCACAUACUGGUUAAGUAAGCACUUUGGCCCGCAGCGAAUAGCAUUGCACGUGUAGUGAAGGUGUGAAGUUCUUAAUUAAAAGCAUUUCUUUGACACCUUCACUAAAUGCACAAUCCAAAUCCCCGGGGGGUGAAAGUGUCACUUUGUUCUUUAUAAUGAAGUGAGUUAUCUUAGUAAUAAUUACUAAGAUAACUAAAAAAAAGGAGUUAUUAAUUUUUCUAAAUCAUAACAUAGGAAAAUUGUUAUCAAAGUGUUUUCCUUUAGUGCAACUUUAAAUAGCUCUUACAUGUUCCUUUGAUCUUUUAUCACUUUAUCGAAAGUCUCUUUUGCUUUGUUUUUUUUCUUGUUAAACAAAGAGUUCUAAUGACUAUUUUGGCAACUAUGUUUUAUAUGACUAUUCUUUUUUCAUCUGCUACUGAAACUUAUUGUUUUUUCUUUAGAGCCUUUUAUGAUGUUUUUAAUUUCUUUCCAGGGCCGAACUUGAUUCUAAUGCCACAGCUGAUGCUACUCAGAUUGACAGAAAGUAAGAUUGGGUGGUAGUAACCAAAUAAAAAAUAGCAACCUAUCUUCUUAAUGUUUACUUGGAUUAAAAUUAGAAUUCUCUAGAUUCCCAAAAAGGUGUAGACAUGGAUUCUAGCUCACUUAGCUUGAGAUGACAGAAUACUUGAGCCUCUUACGUUCCAUUUUUCCAUGCACCCAUACUGUUACAUUAAAUAACAUAGCCAGGACAUUAUGACGUGAUAAUCAAGGCUGCUGCCUAGAAAAAUUUUUUGGGAGCGCUUCGGGCUCCUAAACUAAAAAGUUAGGAGCCCAAGCAGCAUUUCUAAGAGCUCAAUUAAAAAGAUUGGUAACUUUAUUAACCCUUUGGUGACAGCCCGUUAGUAGCGAAAAAACCGCAUUGUUCACCAAUUCCUCUUCUUUGGACUAGUUUUUGGCUAAUUAGCAUAAGAGUGGCUAAAAAUGAGUUUUGCAAACACAAAAGGCAUAGUUUUCGACUAAUCUGAUGUAAUUAAACAGCCUGUUUGUUUUUCACGCAUGCGCAAAAGUCAAGAUUUGGACCUUUUUUGCGAACCUAUUUCAAUCUUUCUCUCUUGCUCUCUUCUUUUGCUUUGCCUUUCUUGUUUUUGUUGCCCACUUUAUCAUCACUCUUUUGCAUGGAAUUGUAGCUGGCUAACUUUUUAGGAAAGGGGCAAAUUUAAUCUUCAAAGAGUAGUAUGUAAACAGCAAAAUUGGCAGUGGAUUUUUCCUCAAAAUGUUACCUUUCUUGUGAGUGUAACUCUGACAGGAUUGGUCAGAAUAUCCAAAACAAGGUAUCGCUGGAAAGAUCUAUCUUUGAAGAAGUUGUUGUUAAUCAAUUUAUACCCUGUGAGCAGAGACCCUUUGAUCUUCCUAGAUAAGUUAAGGAGCUUUGCGUAAUGAGGCAAAACCGAGUGUACUGUUCAUGUUCGUAGCAAGAUACAAAAUGCCUCAAACUUGCAAAAGUUAAUAGCCAUCACGUGUAAUUUGAAACCAGCUUACUUUUCCACGGAUUGUGACUUUUUAUCAGUUUUUACUUCAUGCAGUAGUGACCUAUGCUUCUAACACUGAAGAAAAAGUCAUGAUUUUAUUAUUUGAAGACUAUUAAAUUCAUGUGACGCCAUUUUCAGAUGAGCAUUUUCAACUGCUCUGCAGCGGAAGUCACAGAAGCAAAUUUCAAGACAUAAUGCUGUUUGUUUACCUUUUAUCGGCAGUAAUAUUUUUUUGCUUAUGGCUGACGAUUAAACGUUUUCCGUCAUCGUUUCCAAAGUGUGGAAUGAGCAGGCAAUUUUGUUGUUUGUUCACUGGAAGUUAGCCUGAGAAUCAUAAGUUUUAGGGGCCCGCUAAGGUUCCCAGUUUGAAAUUUUGGUUGCGUGAGGGUAAGUCAUAGGUGCCUCUUGUGACCUGGUGCCCGUUAGGCAGCAGCCUUUGAAAAUGUAAUGUGCCAUGUUGUCAGCAAUGUUUCAUUUUUUAUUUGGCAGCACUGCAAUGGCAUCUGCCCUAACUACAUUUUUAAAGCAAGUUGGACUCACUCUUAAGGUCAGUCAGAAUUACCAUUGAGCUUCUCACCUUACAACAGUAAGGUUAUCAUUUUUUUGCUCACCAUUGUCAAGUAGCAGGGAAGAGAUGGUGUGUAAAAAGGACACUAUUGGGUCAUAGGUGUGAUGCAUCAAACAAGCAUGGGGCAACAACUGUGAUUGUGAAGGAUAUUAUUUUUAAUAUUAAACAAAAGAAAACAAUAGUUGUUUGAAAUAAAGCUACUCAGUGUUAUUACAACAUACCAAUUUUUGUUUUUCCUCUGAAUAACAGUAAUAGGAUUGGAAUGAAGAUAAUGUGAACUGUGGAAUUUAAAUGAAGAUUGUCGCAGUGGUAAUUGGAAUUUAAGCAAUAAAAUUGCGAAUUAAUUCAGAAAAAAAAAAUUGGGGGACUUCAACGGGAUUCGAACCCAUGGCCUCUGCAUUAGUGUUUUUUGGGGGGGGGUUAAUUUGCAAUUGGUUAAAUUGCAAUUACCACUGCAACGAUCAUAUCUUCACUUAAAUUAGUAAUAGUAUUGGUGAUUGACAUUUUAUAUAUAUUUUGCAUGUGUUUCUUUUUCCAGCAACAGGGAAACAAUACAAAUAUCCUAGAGCGAUAUUCAAGUUUCACAAGAAAAGAACAGAGACCUGCACUGUUUAAGAUUAAAGCAAGCAAAAAGGUACCUGAUGUCUGUGGUAGUGAUGAGAUGCAAAGAAACAGAAAAGACAGUGUUUAGGAAAACUAUAUACUAGAAAAUGAUCUGGGCAGGGUUUCUUGUUAACUGCAGUAUGUUCUUCAAUCUGACGUUGUAGGCUGAUUGCAGGAUAUUGUUUGUUUUUUUAUAGAUAAAAGGACACCAUUUUGUCAGUACACACUACACAAUUCUAACCUUCUGCAACCACUGUAAUGGCCUAUUGUGGGGCAUUGGAGAUCAAGGCUUCCAGUGCUCAAGUAUGUUUGGUUAUUUUUCAAAACUUAAGUGAAAAUAAUACCAGGGAGGUUGUUUUAGUCAGUUGAGUUUUAUGCUUGUGAAGAAGACAGGUCUGUCAAUGAGGGCCAGUAGCUGGCCAAAACUGCCGAGUAGUUAGCCAUCCUUAGCUGGCUGCUUUCAUUUCCUUCUACCAUAACUGCUGACAAAAUUGUUGAAAAUUUAUUUGCUCAUGUUGUGAAAAAAAAAAUCAUUGUAUCAUGAUUAUAAUAGAAGUAUUAUCAGAAGCUACAGUCGUAGUUAAUUAAAAAUGGUCUUUGUAACGUAACAAAAACAGAGUUCCAAUUUUCACUUCUGUUGCGAGUUUGGGAUAAGUACCAUAAAAUUAGUAGCUCAAUUUAUGAACCAUGUAUAAUCGGUUUGCUUUAAAUUUUGUUAACCUUGCUUUGGCAAAAUUGAUUCCUAAGUAAUGUUGUGUAUACCAUCAGAGCAUCAGAGAAAUCUCGUUGUUACCCUUACAGCUUAUCAGGGCUAAGUUAAUGCUUUUUUUUGGUUAGCUUGUGAGUAUAAUGUGCAUAAAGGAAACUGCUUUGAGGCAAUUGAGGAAUGCCCUGGACCUAAAAAGAAAAGGGUAAGUAAGCAAACUGUUAAUCAGCCUUUAUAUGACCAUUUGACUAUAAGGGUGAAAUAACAAACAGGAUAUUAUUGUUAAUAUGAUUACCAGCCAGUUCUUUCAAAGGUCUAAUCUAAUGAUUGAUCCUUAUUUUUUUGUUUACUAUCUGGUUAGCUUUUUAAUAUUCUGUAAAGGAUUGAUAGUGCCACAUUGGUUCUUCUUUUUUUUGUAUAUUUUUUAGUUUGCAUUCUAGGGUUUUUUAAUUAACAGACUUUUUUGACAUGUUCUUAUUUUAUAGCAUUUCCAGUUCUGUAAAUAAGUACAAACACACAAGUGAUUGUCAACAAAUUGUAAUGGUUUUGUUAGGUUACGUCACAGGCUAAGUUAAGGAAUGUGGUCACAAUAACUUAUUUAAAGCGGGCACUUAUUGUUGAAUGUCAGCGUACAAAUUCUUUUUAUGUAUAACUUACAAUUUACCUGUAAAAUAUAGACAGUGAAAAUUUUCUUUACAAGAAUUGAAAGACUCUUACACUUAUUGUAUGUUUGUUUUAGAAACCAGCUGUCAGGUCAACAUCAGUUGUAAAUAAUAAUCGGAAAAUUAGUCAGCCAUUUGGGGAAAAAUGUGAGUGAAACAGUAUGUCCGUUAAUGUAGUAGACAAUAUUUGUUGUUAAGGUAUCUAAAUAUGUUUAUCUUACAGUGGCAGUAAUGGACCAUUUUGUAUUGUUUUGGUCCAGUAUUUAUUGUUGUUAACUUUAUCAACCUCGUAGUUAAACUAAACUGCAUCAGGAUUGAAAAGAUACCCAGAAUUCUAGAAUUCUAAUUUAAACUUUACUAAGAAUGGUUUUAAUUGUGUAUAUUGAGUUUUUUUACUGUUUCUAUUUUUAACAAACUUGCUGAACUCUAUAUCAUUUUUUGUCUGUGGAGGGUGGGUUUAAUGUUGACAUGAUUUGUUUGUUAUUGCCUUUUUAGAUUGGGUGAAAAAUCAUGACAGUCAAGAUGAUGAUGACCCUGAAAAUGGCCCCGGAGGUAAGAUGUGUUCACAUAAUUAUCCCCGCCCCCAGAUUAUCUCAGUCGUUAAAAAGACAGCUGAAAAUCAGACAGUAAAAUAUCUUAUGGAAAGGCUGUGUUAACUUGGAAAGAGAUGGCAAACCUCCAUAUAUCACUGAAUCCAGUUAUCUUGUCCUUCUUGAGUUUGGCUGAACUGUGCAAAGGGCACUUGAUAUUACAGUGGGCGUCAUUAAGUUGGUUGUCAAGUGCUUCUUGAUAUAAUAUUAUUAUCUAGUAUUUUGAUUAGACUCUUCACAAAUAGAUGAGCUGCGGAACUGUUGCCUUACAGGUUAUUGGGGUGCCAGGUUCGGUAAGCGGCAGGGAAAUAUCCAUGGCAACCCUGGAAUGCAGGAACCACUCAAAUGAGCGCCUGCUAACCAGCACAGUCACACUGAAAUAAUUCAGUUGAAAUAACUUACCUGAAAGGAUACUUACCCUGGCAACCAAACAAAACAGUGGGAGGGAGGAGAGGAUACAAGAAUCCUCAAUGAUUCGCAAGCGAUAGCUGAGCUUUUGAUCUGCAAAAAUCAGCUGAUAACACUGUAUUUGUAAAGCAAUGAACCUUGAAACCCUACAAAACUCCUGAAAGCCACCCCACAGGUCAUGUACUGCCGAUAGGGAAGACCCCUGGCUGUAAUUGCUCGAGUUUAACUUUGCUUAAAUGAUAUUUAGCCACAUUAGAUGUAAUAAUUAUCUUAUUGGUAUUGCCUUUUACAUUUUCAGUUGAUUAUAAAACAAAAAGUGGUUCUCUUGAUGAUGACUUGGUAAGUUAUCCAUUACUGUUAGUGCAUAAGCAGAUUAUUGUAUUAAUGGCAGUUUUCAGUGUCACAUACUCUCCUUGGUAAAAUACUCCGACGUGCCUUUCCCAAGUAUAGUUUCUUGUUAAAUAUCUUAAAGCCUUUUUAAUUUACACGCAUGACAUUGGAUGUCACAUAUCAAACAGGAAUCACAGGAAUCAGGGCCUGGUCACUAAGAGGCCGACUGGUACAGCAGGCCAGGUGACAUUUUCAGAAACUGUAUUACAGUUAAAUCAUACAUUGAAGGGAGCCAUGUUCUGAUUCUAUCACGUGUACAUUUGAAUCAUCUUGAACAUUUCUUUCUUGAUCUGAAUAAAUGGAGUUCGUACUAAUCAUCACGUUCUGUUUGACAGAUUUCAGGUGGAAGGGAGAACAGGUAAAAGCAACCAUUGUCACGUACGCUUAAAAUUGAGUUAUUAAAGAGCAGGGUACAGUCCGUUUUCUCUAAUCUUGGUAGAAAGCAUGCAUAUGUCCUCGUAUUUCCUUCCUUUCGUUUUCAAACAAAGGAAAUAGUAGACACAUCUGCAUUCAGGUAUUGUAAACAAAGAAUAAGAGUUGUCAUAGAAAUUAACCCUCAAUCUUGUGUUACCUGUCGUUUGAGCAACUCACCCCAAUGCUCUAUGCUAGAAUGAUGUUGUGUUCACCAUGGUGAGCAGGAAAAUUAUUAACAUGUAUAUUGAAAAUAAGAAUUUCCAUUAUCAUUUCGUGUGUUUGUUCCAGAUGAGGGCAAAAAAGUAACUCCAGGCCCUAGUUCAAAAGUUGAAUAGAUCACAUAGUGGAUAGUGGAUAGUGGGUAGCUUUAUCCACAUUUUGAACAACUAGGGUCAGAUGUCUAAUUUGCUUUGCUGGUCUUUUUUGUUGUUACCUUAGAAUAAUGGGUGAUGACCAGUCUAGAACAGACAGGUAACAUGAUUAUAAAUAUGUUCAGCUCCAAAUGAAUGUAUUUUGUGAUCCUUCUGUGGCACCAAGUUAAGGUUUAAACUGCUUUGUCAAUUGCUAGAAAAUUAAUCUUUGAUCUUAUGGAAGCCUUUUUUUGCUGGGUGAAGUGUUUGGCUUCAAAUCCCAUACCCUCCCUCCCCAUGUAUUCAUUAAGUUAUAAUAAUGACACUGAUGCAAGAAACGCGCUUUAAAGAUCCUCUGUAAUACCAAUAACAGCAUUUUAUUCUAAGAAAAUAGAUCUCGGCAAUAAUCUUUAAAAAACAUUGCGUCGCAUGCAAAAAUCAAGCAAAUUUAGGCCGAAGGGAAACAGUGACUCUUUCAACAUAAGCUGUUUACAGUAUUAGUACAGUGUUAUUGUUGAAGUAGUAAGCCAACCAUGAUAUUCUUAUUUUUCGCCAAUUAAACAGUUGUAAUGUUUUCUUGUUGCAGGGAAAGAUAUUUAGGACCAGAAGUAAGUUUCAUCAGCUAUUAAACAAAAUGAAUUACUUAAGAACAUUUUCUUCCAUACAGUUAAUUUAUAUUCAAGUUUCAUCUAUCAUGCCCUCUCUUUUUAAAGAGGGAUUCUGAUUGAGUUUUUCUCUUUACCUUGCAGGAAGGGAUGUCAAGACUUAAAAGGUGAGAAUCUUUAAGUAAAGUGGUAAUCAUAAAUGCAACUUGUUGACUCACGAAACACGUUUUCUAAAACUCCGUGACUCCGUAAUCCACGCUCAAUUUUUCUUUGAAAAGUUAUUUUUUUGAGAAUCAAAAGUUUUAUUAAAAACAACAUUUCCCAACACUACCCACUGAUUGGGUGAGCCUUUUCCAACUUAUUAACUAUGUUGUUCACUGACUGCCCGGCUAGGUUUUGUCCGGAAGGAGGGGUAUUGCCUGUUAUGGCCUAUGCGGGGAGGCUCUGCGCGAAAGGGGUACCUUUUUCACGAUUCAGGUAUAUAAAAGUGUAGGGAUUGCACUUGUUGAAAAAUAUGAAAGGGUAGGGAAAUCUGUUAUUUCGGUUUGUAAAAGGGCACAAAAGGGUUACCAGAUGCAUUUUAUCUCGGUGAAAAAGUCGAGAAAACGUUCUGGUUUUGUGCGGAUUUAUUCACGUUUUUGAAGACAGUGCAUUAACAGCAGUUGAAAGCGAUGCAAAGUUCUUAAUUAGGUAUGUGAAAGGAGUACCAUUUGUCAAUAGAAGGUAUAUCACAGGGGUACCUUUUUUUGUCAAAAAUAGUUUAUAAAAGGGUCAUGGGUUUGACCUCGGGUCAGAGCCUCCCCGUAUAAAACUUUGUUGAGUACAGGUUCCGUGGUAUAUUUUUUUGACAAGCUUUUUAACAUGAAAAUGAAAGGACUCUUCUUCACUUGCAAAUAGGAAAAGCUUUUGACACAAACCAUAAACUUUCAAACACCUUUUCUCGGACAAUUCAUUGAUUAGACCAUCGACAGAUUCUUGUUAGACGACCAAAAAAGCUGGUUUAUUAAACUGAAAAUACAGACACAGAGACCUGGAACUAAAACAAGUCGUAUACUAAACUGAAGAAAUGAUAUUUUCUGAUCCAUACAUAAAAAUUUUCAUAUCCCAUGAGCGACCACAUAUCCAAAAUAAAAUAAAUUUUCAUCCCAUCAAUCCCUAUAGUCGGAACCUUCACAUCUUGGCAAUUAAGGUUGUUUCUUAUCACCGUUUGAGCAUCUAUGUUUUACUCGGUGGCCUGUGCAUAGAGCAGCGUGCCUUUCAUGUAACAAAGUGAGAGAGAAAGGCAGAAAAUAGUCCAAAAUUCUUCUUGUUAGCACCCUGUUCCUCAUAAGAAACCUUUGUACUAAUUAUUUGUUUUGUAUUUUGUUUCUUUAGCACUAGCGAACUCUACCUUGAGAAACCCCAAUUAGCAAAACAUGUUGGAAGAUCUGAGAGCAUGAAAACUACUGUAAGUAAUAUAUGCCAGAUACCAGUGGAACCCAUGUAAUUCACACGGCCACUAAAUACAUUCUAAAACAGAUUGGUCAUGUUUGUAUGUUCAGUUUGACAAAAAGUGGUAGGUGUUUUCAUCAGUCUGCCAUGACUGCUUGCCUUGUGGCUCUGUGUGUGUGUCUUAAGCUAUAGCUGGCAACACAUUGAAACAUUCACAUUGUUUGCUGCAAUUAGGGAUUUGUCAGUGUUCUGCAAUAUUGUUGUAACUGUUAUUGUUUCCCAGUCCGGUAUCUUAAUUCGAAAAAUGAACAAUCUUUAGAUGAGGUUGAACUUGAUAGACAGAAUUAUCGAGGCUGAGGCAAAUAACACAAACUGAAACCUUGGCAAUGCUCGAUAUGAUUGAUUGAUUGAUUGAUUGAUUGAUUCACUUUUAUUUGAAUACGGUUAUUUCACAAGUUAAUAUAACAUAAAAGCCGUAUAGAAACAGAAGUAACUACUGUACAACUACACUAAAAAUAUGAACAAAUAAUAAAAUAUAGUAAAAUGUAGUCAACAGUUUGCCUGCCUACUAGCCAGUUUUCUUUUAAAGAAAGCUUUAGAUUCGGACGCUUUUACGUCAUUAGGUAAUGAAAACCUAUAGAAUGAUUUUUUAUUAUGAACACACAUGAACUUAUGUUAAAAGACGAAAUAAACACCAAGUGAUACAUCGUCUUUCUUACAACGUUUUAACGUUUUCACCCUUGUGUCAACUUUAGUUCGCUCUAAAAGUUUCCUGGAAAGCCUUGUAGUUUUGUAGAAUUCUCUUUGAAAGAUCUUUUAAAUGACGAAAAAUGUUCCUGCAACCUUUUGGCAGCCUGUAAAGUGGCGUCGUACAAAACUAUGAUUAUCAGCAAAAUUUCGUCACUUUGGAAUGUUUAAAAUUUGUUCAUCUGUAAGAACGACGUAUUGAAACCUAUUGCCAGAUGGAAUUAGUGAGUUUACGCAACAGGACGGCAGAAAUAAGAAGACGGCAAAACUCUUGUGUGUGACAAACGUGACAGGCCUAUUACUUAUGUGUGUUUCGUGAUCUUCACUUAAGUUAAUGUUUUCUAGUCUUUUACAAAAAGACCUGUUUAAUGGAGGGUGCAGUUCGGCGGAAGAGUUUUCCAAACAAAAUUAUUGUCACGCUUGUCACACAAGGUUUACCGUCUUCUUUUCUCCCCCGUGCUGUUGCGUAAGCGCACUAUUAACAGUGCACUUUUAGCCAAUCAGAAUUAAGAUAAGAACAGAGUUACAGUCAACUCUCUUGAUGGACAUCAAUAUGAGACGGACACUUGGAGUUGGUCCCUGCAGCAUUUCUUUACUCCUCUAAGUUGACUCUCUAUAAGAUGGACAUCUCUCUAAGAAGGACACUUAGUGCUGAUCCUAAAGGUGUCCGUCUUAGAGAGAGUUGACUGUACAUAAUAAUGAUUGUUGUUGUUUUGGGACUCUAUGCAGAGGGACAUUACGUCACAACUUGCGCCACUUAAAAGAAUAAGACGAUCAGUGGCGGGAACAGUGGAGUCUGUGUAAGUGUCACUGAAUUAUAACCUUUGCAGUAACAGUAAUAUAAGUCAAAGUUUAAUUUUCAAGUUUUCAUCCAUUAUUGCUUGAUGCAUAUAGUACAGAUAAUGUCGAUUUUAGGGUAUCUUAACAAUGAGGUGCUCCGGGACUGCCAGUAAGUUAGCCUCUCUUUCUAUGAGGUUUUACCUAAUUUCACAGAAAAAUCAAAACCUGAACUGCUAACACCCAACACACAUUUUCCUGGCGACUUGCCUCCCUUCCUGCUAUUUUUUUUAAAGAAAUGAAGACAGCCCUGAGUACAUAACCGUCUUAGAAAUGUAAAACUGUGUCACUGCAUUAAACAUCAGGAAAACUUAUUUGUAACAUAGAUGCCACCAUUAGUUAUAGUAAUGAUUCAAUUGCUAUGAUCCACAGCCAUUUGCUGAUUAGAGGUAAAGGACAAUGCUUUCCUUUGCUGCUGCUUUAAAAUUACAUGCAGUAUAGCUUUUGUGAAAACUAAUCUGGGAAUUUUUGCUUUCCAAAUAUUUAUAAGAAUCCAAAUACUUGCAAAACUUUUAAAAUUGAAGGGAAUUAUUUGAAUCAUUUGUUUGUUUGACUUCAGCUUUCGUCACUGAGUCACCCACGUUGCAAAACUUUUACAGUUAUUUUUUAAAAACUAAAAUAUUAGAAAGAGUUACCAAGAGUCUACUCAAGUACUUCUGAAGGCGAUCUCUAAUCAUUUGAAAGACAUAAUACUCACGAAUGACGUCAUGAUGACCUUUUGGAAGCGUCCGGCGGGUAAUAUGUUGAAAAUUUUAGUCUCUUGAAGGGACUUCAAGCAUCAAGAAACAAAGGGGAAGAGAGAAUUGAAUUUUGGAGCAUAUAAAAUGUGUGAAGAUGUAAACACAUCUGGUAGUAAAAUAUCACGUUAUUUUUACUUUAAGCCUAAUGUUUUGUUAAUUAUUUCUUUAGAGGCAUAGAUUCCCCAGUAAUGGAUCCUGUGUCUGAGGACGGUAAGUCACAUUUGUGUCUUUUUUUGCUAAAUCUUCUAUUCUGUACAUAAUCCUUUAUACCAGUUGUCGAUGAUUAAAAAAACACAUUUCGUCUUUGGAUAGUGGCUUAUAAAAUGGCCAACAAUGAAGAGGUUUUGCUGACCCGCUGAAAAGGAAUUAACUAUCAUUUUCAUUGGUUUGAUAUUUUUAUAGUUAUGAAACAGCUUAUCAAAGCUUUGUUUCAUUAUUUCCUAAAAUGGGUGAAACAAAAAUUCCAGAAAAACUUUUUAGACAAGUCGUUUCCUGUGUGUUUGUGGCAUAACUUGUUAAUGUUUAUGUCGUGUAUUAGUUUGUUUUUAUUUCCCUUCCAUACCCUUACCGUUAAUUCCCACUGGUUAUCAUGAAAACAUUUAUGUAAACGUUCAUUCUCACAUAUUGACAGUGAUAACUGUAAUUACACAAUAAUAUCAUCAACAAAUUAACUAAUGAUACUAAAGCAAAACUAACUUUAAAAAGCUAUAAUCUAAUUUUACUGCGCUCUCUUAAAUGAUAUAUUAUUUUAACUGAUGUUGUGAGUAACGUCGUAUAUAAUCUGGUUGUCGCUUCUAACACUUAUAAAGUGAGUAGACCAUCGAAUUUAAUUUUGUUUUUUUGUUACUAUUGUAAUCUUGCUAAUAACGUAGAGGUAGUUUACGUUCGACUUUUUUCAUGUACAAAUAUUUUUACUAUUUUCCUCUACAUUAGCCCCAACGACAGGACCUUUAAUUGUGCCAAUCAUCGUUGUAAUAAUCGUUUCUAACAAGAAGUAACUUUUAGUCUUAUCACCCAUGUGAAAAGCAUCGAGCUGUAAUUUAUCAAGCAUUCAUUUAAGUCUGAAAAAUUCACCAUUCAUCAUUUUUAUCAAACAAAAAUGCUUAACCAUAGUGUCAUUUAAACAUGCAAAAGCCUUGCUUAAUGUCUACGUUAUGUGGCAGCUAUAAAAUUCGUGGCUUUUUUAUAUGUUUAUUGAAUAUUUCGUUUUACCUCAAACUUCAACUAAUCAUAACGAAUAGCCUUCCGCAUCAUAACAGUCAUUUUUACGUUCAUACCGUGUUCAUGAAACUGUUGAUGUUUGAAUUUUCUUACAUGUAGCGGUUCAGGUGUUAUGAUAAUUAGUUGCAUUUAAAAGUAAACACAUAAAUUUUCCAGGUAAGUCUUUAUUUUGAAGUUAAAGUAAGACUUAGGAAAGAAAACAAAUGGUAAUAAAUGGCUGUGUCGUUUGACGCGUAUUUUCUAGCAGGUAAAUUGAUGAGUAUCCAGCUACUGUAUUUUGAAAAAAAAUUUGCUGCUAUUUUGUACAUCUGUCUUCUUUUUAUAGAUAAGUUGUUUCUUCUUUGCAGUUUUAAUUGUUAAUCCUAACUUUCCUACGGCUAUAAAUAAUAAAAAAGUAUUUAAACGUAGACUUGGAUUCGUAUGAAGUUAACGUUUAAAUGAAUAAUGUAAGUGACCAAUAUUAUGUUUCAAAUUGACUAUUGACCUGCAAUAACUUAACAUAAGCUGUCAUCAUUAACAUUACCAUGUGUUUAUGUUUGUUGUGUCUCACAAGUUGUUUUUCUCCCAGGGAGACGUAUGCGCUCACGAUCUCCUUCUUUUCUGCCACCAGAAGAAGAACCAGUAAGUCUACUAUGAUAAUUUUUUUUAAAAAACCUAACAAAGAACUCUGGGCCGAGUUGUUCAAAGCCGGGUUAAGAUAACCCAGGGUUAGUGCGAGAUUUGAAUUCAGAUUUGAAAGCAUCAAAAGCAUUUCAGUUUUAGUUCUUUUUGUGUACAAGUUGAUGAUUGGAAGCUCUAAAAAUAACAGAGAAAAUUAUCCGAGAAAAUGCUUUUGAACACAAGAAGAAAAGAAACCAGGGUUAAAUUUAACCCCGCGUUAAGCGCUAAUCGGCCUUCGAACAACUGGGCCCUGAUCUUCCUGGAUCACCGUUAUACCACAGAAAACAGUUUGGUUAGUAGAUUGUGAAGAUAGGCAGUGGAUGGUUAAGGAUUCUUAAUAAACUAGGGAUUGCAAGCAACCUUUACAUCAAAGUCACGUGAUAAAUCAAUUCCACUUUUAAAUAUAAUGUAAGUUUGUAUAUGUUAAUUCGCUGUCUUAUUCAGGGUAUGAGAUGAGAAUUCAUUGGAGUGUCGUUUCGUUGAAUUUACCAAAAUGUGGAACGCACGUGUAGCCUAUCGAUUCUUUUAGUUUUGUGCCGUUCUCACAGUUCUCGUAACGGCAAGUCAUGGGCUUAUCACUGGUUAUGUAUAUUUAUGAGCUUUUUUUUUGUAACUAGUCUCAUAGGGGUGUAUUUCUUACCCAAGAUAGUUUUGUAAAGAUGUACAUACAGUGUACGUAAUCUAUCCCCUGCCUAUCUUCAUUCUUGCAAAAAGUCUGAGAUGUACCCUUAAGUAGACCAACUAACAGUGUUUGCUAACGUUUAUGCUAGAUGUAAAAAUGCUUUGUAUUCUUGUAUCAUUGGAGGUCAACGUAAAAGAACACUACUGCUAGUUGCGGAAGUUAAAAAGCUAGUCAUAUAUACACGUUGUAUGAUGAAUUUGUCCGAGAAACGAUCGCUUGAUUGGCUGAUGUAGCAUCAGUGCAAAUCACAAAUCACAACAACAGGUUGCAUCUUACUAUGCGUGUGUCCGAUCUCUAUCGACAGUGGAUGCAAUAGGGGAAUUAGGAGCAGAAAAAAAGUUCUUCUGGCGGUAGUCUUCUUUUGCAGUUUUAUUUUCAGUGAUUGUGAAUUGUUUGAUUGAAAUUGAUUGUGAAAUGUUUAGUUAAAAAUUUGAAAAAACAAACAAACAAAAACAAAGUGGACCCAAUUUGUCCAGCGCCGGAAGAGUAAAUCUACAGUGUUAACAAUAAUUGUUUUGAUUUUGAUUUGCAAGGAUCCAGACAUGGAGGUUGAUGCCCAACCCAUACCUUGGCACCAAGUUGUAGAUAAAAAGGUAAUUAGCAAACAGUUGUGUAUGAAUUAUUCGGUUUGAAUGGGUAGUUGUUUCUUUGGUGUAAACCAUGGUAGGUGUUGGUGAUAGAAAUGGACGUUGAAUUUCGUUUGACGAUCGAUUAUUUAAACAGGUUUUCUCAUUGUCAAAAAACGAGUAAAAAAUGACGCAAACAACAUCCGUCGAACGACGUUUCGGUGUCAUCGUGACGCCAUUUUCAAUUACGCAGACUGUCGGAAAUAAUUUUCGGAUAGAACAACUCCUCACAAUGUUGGGACCCACAGUGCAUGGUGGCAAGGAUACAACCCAUAACCAUGUGCGCUUGCCCCAAACAAUGUUGGAAGAGCUGUGCAAACGGAUCCAACAAUCUUGCGUUGCUUUGGGGAUGCCUGUUUUCCUUUCGUAAAGUAAACGGUCGUUGCCUUUUCUAAUGGACGAUGUCCUCAUUGGUAACCAAGCCUUUAGUCAUGAUAGAUGUAAUAUAUUCCCUGAAUUAAGGCAAAUGAUACGUUUUUGAAUAGUCUUAGGGCCCGUCCACACUUAUCCGGAUAUUUUUGUAAACGGAUAUUUUUCUCCUUUUUCAAAAAAAAUUACGCAUCCGCACAUAGCUUAUUCGAAUCGUUUUCGUCCGUCCACACGAAAACGCUAAAACGAUGGAAAUACGAUAGCGUCCCUUACGGAGCAUGUGCAAUUCUCGUAAUUCUCGAUUAUGUGUGAAAUCAUCAUAUUCGAAAAUCUCUGUUUUCGUCCGUCCACGCGUAAGCGAGAAGCCGGCGUUUUCAAUCUCCACUCUGGAAAGCGUUUUUGAAAAAAUGCGUUUUUGGUGACUUUAACUUUUUCACCGGAUACGUGUGGACCGUAGGGCAAACUUCGUUUUCCAAAAAAAAAACAAUCAGAUACGUGUGGACGGGAACUUAGAGAGAACGACGUUGAAGCCCAAGUUGAAUUUACGUUAAAAGUUUUGGAAUGAGUUUUGGUGGCUGUGUAAUGGCAAGAGAGAGAGCAGAAUAUAAAAGGUCCAGGUUCGAGGUCCGAAUUCCACUCUGGGUUGCGAUCUUCUAUCUUUUUAAUAGAAACACUCUCUAUAACAGGUCGAACAUUGUCUAAGUGUCUUAUAAAUGGCAUCGACCGUUUACGAAAGGGACAACUGCUUCGGCGAUCACGGAACGAAAGAAAUGUUGGGAGUUGUUGGCGCUAAAGUUUGACCGGUUUCAAACUUUGCGCAACAACUCCCACCAACAUGCAACAGUGUGUGCAAACGGACACAACAUGUAACAUCCAACAAUGUUGCGUCCUUUUGUACGGAGCUUAAGAUUAACAUACAUAAAAUAUGCAGUUAAUGUCACACAAAAAAGUUUAGCUCGAAUAGUCGGCUUAUCGGUCAGACAAGGUUUUGGCCUACAGGAUGUGGGUCGUGUUCGGCAAUAAUAUGGUAGAUAAGUCUGUACAAUCAUGUAAACGUGUCUCCUGACUGCUGACUGCCGGUUUAUCAAACAAUUGGUUUGAAGAUAGUUCUAGUGUUGAUGGUUGCUUUUUAUUGACAUUUUUAACCGCGGCAGGCUUAGCUCAGUUGGUAGAGCGCUUGACUGUGGAGCCGGAGGUCGUGGGUUCGAUUACUGGGACCUGAUCAACACUCAGAGUCUUAAAAUAACUGAGAAAUGAAGCUACUUCUUUGCCCUGCAAAUGGCUAGAACUCUAUAAUGUUUUUGUUCUAGGUCAUUAAAAAACUAAGAGGAAAGGAAAUCAAGCGUCAAGAAAUCAUUCAUGGUAAGACAAGUUGAACUUUAUAUAAAGACAUGGAACGAGACAUAAAAAUAGUGUUUAACAGUUUCUAGAUAGUAGAUAGUAGAUAGUAGAUGGAAUGAGUGUCGAUACUGUUGCGUAACCUUCAAAAUUUUAGGAUUUGUGUGAAAAAUAUAAACGAUUGUUUCUGAAUCCUACAAAUGUGAAAGAGAUUUAAAUAGACAACAGCUUACCUAACUGAGUUUUUUGUGUUUCUCCUUUCUUGUGUAGUCCCCAAGCCGAUUUAUGGCCAUUGUAUGGGUUAUUAUUAUAUUAUAUGGGUUUUAGUGCAACUGGUUUACUCCCUCCAUAUAACCUUAUAUCGCUCAUAUUUCAAGGUUGAGCUACGUGUGUCUUUGUGCCGUGUGUCUUAGUGUGGAUGGUCGAAAACAAUGUGGAAAAGCUCUGGUGUGGACGCAAAGUUUUGAAUGCGUUCUUGUUUACGUGAAAGCGCCUCAGUAUAGACCAAGCUGGGUUUUGAUUGUUACAGUAGUGACCGACUUACUGUGAAGGUUUACUGCAAAAUUCAUUAUAAAAAAUUCACAAGAAAAACACUAUAAUAGCAUCAGAAUAUUCUAAUAUUAACUGUAUUUUUCUCUUUUAGAGCUUAUUCAUACUGAAAGAACACAUGUUAGGAAUCUUAAAGUUUUGAGCAAGGUGAGUUGGUAGUUAGAAAUUGAGAACAUAUAUAUAUAAUAUACACAUAUCUUUUUCAUUUCUACUUUGAACUAAAUUGAAUAAGCUUUAAACUGUACACAGGAAUGAAAACUACCCUUAGUGACAGUUUACGAUCGAGCAAUAGAGCAAUCUGAUAUUCCUUGAUGUCUCGACCCAGUACUUUUGCAGCGACACCUUCCAUCUUUGAAUCUCUUAUACGUAAUCAAAUUGAUCUUUACUGUAAAACCGAUUGUAACACAUGUAUUACACAUAGACUAAACUUUAUUUUGAUAUUAUUUUUUGGGCGAUCGGAAUAAAUAUCACGUGCCGAUGACGUCACAAUAGUUUUAGCUCGAAAUCGAAUUUCAGUCCUUAUCGACAUUUCUUUGGAAAUACUUUACGCUACCGAUACUUUGAGUGUUUGUCUUCUGUUGCGCGAAGUUUCACAAAAAUCUAUAAGAGGAAUUUCGAGAUAUCUUGGAAUUUCUACAAAAAGGGUAUAAAUUAUGCAUGAACUGAAGACUGGAAUCAAUACAGACAAAUUUGCUAUUUUUUUUGGAUGCGUUCGAAAAGUUUUUAUCACCCACUCAUUUUGUAAAUGACCUUUAUACGCUCUGCAACCGGUUGAACGCAAUUUCGCGAUUUCGAAAAAAACAUGAAAACAUGUGAAUGAGUCAAACGCAAUGCUAAACUCUUUUUGUAAUGUCUAAGGCUACUUUCACGAAAACAGCGAUUAAAGAAAGUCGUCAAUAGAUUUUCGUAAUAAAAUUUCAGUGCUGCAAUUGAUCAGUGUACUAUAAAAUCCCCGAAUUUUGUGUCCAUUAAAAACUUUUUAAGUUGUCUAACGUAGGCCCAAAAUUGAGUAAAUAUUGAAGCGAUGUCAUAGAUCUGGCUAAGUUUUUGCUGUGGGAUUUCCUAUUGUCUCGAGUUUAGUAAAACAUCAGAUACCCAUGCACCUUCUCAUGCACCACGCGAGAAUUUACCGUGCUUGGUUGCCCUCCCUAAUCUAUUCGCUAUUGUUUUCUCCCAUUCUACAGCAUUACCAUAUUUCGGAAAGAUUUCAAAGGGCAACCAAGCGCGGUAAAUUCUCGCGUACUGCAUGGGAAUUUGAUGUUGUGCUAAACUCGAGACAAUAGGAAGUCCCAGAGCAAAAACUUAGUCAGAUAUUUGACAUCGCUUCAAUAUUUGCUUAACUUAAUUUUGGGCCUACGUUGGACAGCUUAAAAAUUUUUCAAUGGACACGAAAUUCGGGCACUUUAUAGUAUACUGAUCAAUUGCAGUACUGAAAUCUUUUCAAGAAAACCUAUCGACGAAUUUUUGUUUAAUUGCAGUUUUUGUGAAAGUAGCCUUAAAAAAUUACGGAAAAAAACUCAGCCUUGCGUUUACUGAUUCACAUGUUUUCAUGUUUUUUUUCGAAAUCGCGCAAGUCUUCUUGCGUUUAGCUGGUUGUAGAGUGUAUAAAGGUCAUUCGCAAAACAAAUGAGUGAUCAAAACUUUUCGGAAAGCUCCGAAAGAUGGCAAAUUUGUCUGCAUUAAGUCCAGACUUCAGUUCAUGCAUAAUUUAUACCCUUUUUGUAGAAAUUGCAAGAUAUCUCGAAAUUCCUCAUUUAGAUAUUUGUGAAACUGCUCACAACAGAAGACAAGCACCCGAGGUAUAGGUAGCGUAAAGUAUUUCCAAAGAAAAUGCCGAUAAGGGCAGAAUUUCGAUUUACAGCUAAAACUAUUGUGACGUCAUUGUCACGUGAUCUUUAUUCCCCUCGCCCUAAAAAUAAGUAUAAGAGACUCAAAGAUGGAAGAUGCACUUACAAAAAUUCUGGGUCGAGCCACCUUAAAUGGAAAGCAUUUUACUCAUGUUACGGAGCGCGAUUUUUUUAAUGUCGUUCUAGUCUUUGGUUGCUGAAUUGACAAUUCUAUCGUCAGUUCAUUAUUUGUAAACUUUUAUUUCUAUUUACCGUUGAAAAGGCUUUUUCCACGCCGUUUGUUGAAAUCCAGCCUUUUACCUUUUCCUGAUAGUCUGGUGAAUUUUUCGCCAUCUUAAAAGAGCCUAACGGUCAAACCAGGCCAAGCGUUCCCGUCGCUAACGGACUAAUAAAUUCAUUAAUAGCAAAUUGUUUCCAUUCGUUGGUUCCGUAGUUUAUUCACGAAAUGAAUAAUGCAAUAUUCAAAUCGAGCCUCGAUUCAAUAAUCGAAUGUUGACUGGACUAAUAAACAAAAGCCUUGCCAUAUAUGGAGUGCUAGGAAAAGCAUGUCCUGAACAUGGCGGAGUUCUCUCCGGAGUUGAGUGUGAUAGAGCAGGUAGGUUACUCUAUAGUUCAACACGCCAUUAGUAUAAAAUGUUGUUUACUUUUUCUACAGGCGUUCUUCCAUACGAUUCCUCUGAUUCCUAUUUGCAGUUUCGAUUUGACAACAGUUGUGAAUAUUUGCGAAAGUUUACCACUUGAUCGAUCAAGCAUGCAUACAACCUUUGUGUAUUUUAUCAUUUCCUCUUGCAAUCUGUAAAAUGCACUAAGAAUAACCGUGAACUUUGACUUUUCAGGACAAAAUCGUUGUCUUGGUUGAAUUCAACGAAGUCAGGAAAAGUGACAGAAGUCACUGAAAGAUCGACCAAGAGAGACUUAGUGGAAGAUACAUUUGGCAUACGUGUACAGGGCACUGUUUCGUUGCAGGGUUAUGAUAAGGUGUGGGGAGAGUUCGUCGACGUCGAAAUAAAAGACCUGAAAAACCGACAUAAAAUAAAAGUCAUGAUUUUCGAAAGCUGCUUGCACACCAGAAAACCGCGUAGUUCACGCUGAGCAGUUAUGCACACCAUUGCCAGAAACAAGCGGAGCGACCAUUUGUUAAGGCUGUGAAAAGGCCGUUGACAGACUGCUGCAAAACCUCGAAGACCGCAAAAGCUCGCUGGAAUACCGUCUACAACUAGCCCAAGCGACUUUAGCUUCCUUACAAGAAAGCUCCAGACAGAGCCUUUCCACUCUCGUAAAGUCCGUCCCAAACUGUUUCGCCUGCCCGCCAUUAGAGGAUGUUAGCAUCAACAACGAGUACGAGUACGAGAACGACUUCAAGCCGUACUCGUACUCGAAGUCGUUUUCUCAGCUUUCUAUGUUAGCGAUGACACCGAGUUCGAGUUUAUAGAAAAUAAAAUUAUGGGAUUCCGCAUGACUGGGCGCCAAAUUUGAGUCGAGGUAGCGCUUCCACAACAAUUUCGAAAAAAAAAAAAGACUCUAAAAAACGUUCAAGACUGCUUGUUACUCAGUUACAUGGAAGGUUUUUUGGACGAAGAAGAAUUUUGUGCUUUAUAUGAUGUAAACAGCACAGAUUAUCCUGUAUUUGAGCAUGGAAAGUAUCGAAGAUUCGACCUGAAUGAAGUUUCCGAGGAAGAGUGCUUCAGCGGCUUUCGUUUUAGCGACAAGGUCAUUCCCUACCUUGGUCGUAUUUUGCGUCUNGACUUUUGGGAUAUUUUCGACCAAAUAAUGGCAAUUUUCGGGGUGAUUUCGUGAGCCUGUGAGGCCUGUAGAGAGACAUGAAACUUUCCCGGGUAAAUGCAAAUUUACUCUGUGUAGGAAAUAUCGCGUUCGGUUGCUUUUCCUCGACUUCAAAAGCAGUAUUUUACAUAAAACAUAAUAUAAGGAAUGUUCAAGAUGAUAAAGAGAGGCUAGAAACGAAAAGAAACUGCAUUAAACGAUCGGAAUUUACCUUUGAAAACCAGUUCUUCCCAGUCGUUCUACCCACUUCGAGUUUAUGGUGAGAACUCGUCGUAGUGCAACUUGUCAGGACGACUUGAAAACGUGGAGAUGCGCAGAACGGAUGCGCAGUACGCAAAAUCGCUAUCUCGUUCUAGAACUCGUACUCGUUGUCGAUGCUAACAUCCUCUAUUUUUUCAACUGGAGCGCGGUAGGAGCGUGGUGUCCAUAUAUGGCAAGGCUUUUGUUUAUUAAUCCAAUCAACAUUCGAUUAUUGAAUCCAGGCUCGACUUGAAUAUUGCAGUAUUUUUUUCGUGAAUAAACUACGAAACCAACGAACGGAAACAAUUUGCCAUUAAUGAAAUUAUUAAUCCGUUAGCGACGGGAACGCUUAGCCUGGUUUGACUGUAAGCAAAGGCGCUUUUGGGCCACGCACGCCAACCAGAAGUUGACGUUUGCAAUCCCUUUGCAGUGGUUUUGCCCAAAUUGAAGGGAAGAUCGUUUCUAAAUUAAAGAGUAAAUACACUUAGCAAUACAAAUUCGGUAGCUUCAAAUGGCACUCUCCCACGUACGUAGUUCAAAGUGCCUUUGCUUAAGCUCCCUAUUACUGUGCUUUUGUACGCUUGGAAGAGAAUGGUUAUAUAUUUUUAUUUUUUUUUUUUUUCAGGUGUUCUACAGACCAAUGUUAAAAGUUCAGGUUAUGGCCAAGCAGCAUAUUAAUCAACUUUUUCCCAACUUAGAUGAAUUGAUUAAAAUUCAUGGUAAGUGAACAAAGAAUGCUUAGGGAUGGUACACGAAUUCCUAUCAGUGAUUUAGCUUAGUAGUGGGUUACUUAGUAGUGGUCGCUUAGUAGUGGUGCUUAGUAGUAGACGCCAUAUGUGGGUUGAGUUUGUUGUUGGUUCUCUCCCUUGCUCCGAGAGGUUUUUCUCCGGGUACUCCGGUUUCCCCCUCUCCUUAAAAACCAACACUUUCAAAUUCCAAUUCGAUCUGGAACGCACGGACACGUCUCAACGAGUUCUUAUGAACUCCUUAGUGCUCCGUGGGUAAACAAAUUACAAUUUACAAUUUUUUUUUUAGUGAUUUUCUGCUCCUAGACGGUUACUAGAACUUCAAGUAUGUUUUAGCUAUGACCAGUCACAACAGUGGCACUGAAGUUUGUAAUCGAUUUUGUAGCUGUUAAAUUUACCUGUUUCUUAAAAGAUGUAUGUUUGACUUGUGUAUCCACGGUUUUUCUCAUACUCCCACACUGCAACCCAUUAUCCCUUUCUGGAUAACCCUAAAAAAGAAUCUUACUUUUAUGCCUACUCGUACUAUUGUGUGUUCUGGUUAUAAUUAGUACGAUAAAAUACCUUAAAUUGUAUUAAGCAUUCAAAGCUCCCUGCUUUAAAUCUCAAGAGACAUUAAUGUAGGAUGUGUUGUAAACUUUUUGCUAGAAUUCAAUAGCUGGGUAGAUAACUUGUUUAAUACUUUGAUGAGUUUUUAGAGAAAAUCGCAACUCUUAACGGGACUUUCCCCUUUUUACACAGAAAGUUAGGUCGUGUGUUAAUUGAUUUGUUAAUUGAUUUAUUCAAGUGUCUUUAAUGGAGAGCAUGAUGAAAAAACAAGAAGAUCCUUCUGAGGAAGUUAUAACUUGUAUAGGCGAUGUUAUGCUGAAAAGGGUGAGCUCCAAAUUAUUACGCUAUAAUUAGCAACGAAUGGAGAGAUCAACAUAAUUUUCAAUAUCAGACAAAAGUCGACUCCAAUAAUUAUUGUUUUAUUAUUUUCUCAAAUUACCUGUUCCGCGGCAGUUUCAGGAUGUAAAGGGAUGUUUAGUCCAACUAAUAUUAUUCAAAUAGCAACGCGUUUGCCAUUCUUUGAGUGGUAUUAUUGCUAUUCUUGCUACGUUUUUAGGCAGUAGUUUGGCUAUUUGUUCAGCGGAAAAAAUGAAAUCCUCCGCCAUUUUCUCAAGCUCUACCAGAACAGCUGAGCUACUGCGCCUUCUGUGGUCCCUUUUCCUGUCGAUUAUCAGUACAGGUGGCGUCAAUUGGAUUGAUAUCGGCAAACUUCUUGCAUAUUUGGUCAGCGGUAGCUGCUUUAAGAUAAGCCAGGGCACUAGAGGCAAUCUGAAUCUUCCGGGCAUUAAUGCGUGGCAAACAAACAAAUGGGGUCGAUAAGUUAAGCAAGCUGUAUUUUUUACGUCAUUACACCCCUGAACGCAAAUUACGAGUUUUUGUCGGUACAUGAUGCAAACUUUACGUUUGUGGAUUUCUGUUAAUUUUAAUUGGAUAAAUUACUUAGAUAAUUAUUUCUCUUUGUAAUUGCAAUGAUUAAAAAGAAAUGCAUGUUUUUUGAGAAAAGUCGAGUUGCCUCAGUUUUUAUUCAGCUCACACAAAUAUGGUGACAGUAUGUUUUUUAAAUUUUGUUGUUCACAUCCUUUCUCAAUUUAUAUGAUUUAAAUUUCAGUUUUGUAUCAUAGUCUUUAGUAAGUGCAAACUGUAAUUAAAAUUAGUAGGCCAUUAUUAUUGAUACUUGAUAAAAACAAUUUUAGGCCGUUUCCAAAUCAAAUAGUUCAGGAAAUAAGAAAGUUAAUUAAUGAGUAGAAUGUAAUAGAAUUUUUUAUGUAACUUGAGAAAUAGUUCUUUUUUGUAUUUUUUGUUUUGCAGUUUGAUGAUGAACCUGGUGAGAUAGCCAAGGAUGCCUGUGCUACAUUCUGUAAUCACCAGAAACUAGCUUUGGAACAGCUCAAGGUAUGCUGGUGCUGCAGACGGUAGUAACUUUUGAAAGCGAUCCACAAAGUUUAUACUCCUGUUGUUUACUGAAAUCCGAGUUUCAAACACUACUUUUAAAGAGAGGCUGAGCCCCGUCCACAAGUAAACGGAUAGUUUUGAAAGCGGAGAUUUUUUCCUUUUGUUAUAUCGAUGGAAAUAUGAUAGCUUCUUUCACAGAGCAUGCGUUAUGCUAGUAGUAUAUGAUGUAUGACAUCAUCGUAUUUGAAAACCUCCGUUUUCGUCCGUUCACACGUCAACGAGCAGCGAGUGUUUUUGAAAAGAUUCUUUUUUGGUGACAGUUUUCACCGAAUGCGUGUGAACGGUAGGCGAAACCGGAGGAAAAAACAAAAACAGUUACGUGUGGACGGGACCUAAGUGCUAAAUCCUGGCAUGAAAAUGAGUGUUACUUGCAUAAGAAUUUCUCACUUACCCUUGUCCUGAAGGAAAGGUUUAGGGAAAUUCGCAAAUGGUCCACUGCUUUUGUUGUUUAAAAGUUGGUACAGCUUGAUUUCAUCCUUGUUAUUUGUUCAAGCACUAGGCUAGUAUCUAGGUUACUUGCUUUAAUUGUGUCAUGAGUCAUAGAGACGCCUAAUUUUUGUGGACUGAUAAAUGGAUCUUACGUUCAUUGUUUUCUCUUGUUUCAGCAUCGUCAAAGAAAAGAUCCCAACUUACAAAAAUUUAUCGCUGUAAGUAUUUUCGCUAAUAUCUUUUGAGAUUGUGGAUUUCAGUUUAUCACAGUCUUUACUGUUACUGUUAUGUUUUCUCUUUAGAAUUGUGAAAACGAUCCGUUGUGUAGAAGGUUGAGACUACAAGAUAUAAUUUCCUCCAGUUAUCAGAGAUUGACAAAAUACCCACUUCUAUUGGAAGGAAUACAGAAAAAUACUCCAAGUAAGUCUGUUACGUUUGUGAAGAGGAUGUUACUCGAGUGUAGCGGUCACGCUGUGCACUGCUCCCCUAAUCUCCAGCUCUUAAUCUUCUGAUUUUUAACAUGACUGGUAAAGUUAGAGCAACAGGAAAAUUAAAGACGGAAAAUAAAGACUUGAAAAAACAGUUAGAAGAAGUUAGAACUAGACUAUCCGACCAAGUUUCUUCAAUUCGACAAGCUGACAAUAUUUGUUUGUUUCUUAAUUACUUAAUAAUAUGAAGUCUACCGUACAUAAGUUGCACAAAAUUUUAUGUUAAUGUAUAUGUUCUGUAUUUUUAAAAUGUAUAUCUAUAUAAGAAAGUUAUCUCUGUACAGUCUGGCUUGCCGCGAUUAGCUCUGGGCUAUCUGCAAGCCAGCCUAAUCGUCCCAAAUUGAAAUUGAAUACAGGAUGUUGUUGGAGAUCCCGCGUGUUGCUUAUGUUUGGCAUUGCGCUGAGUAAUUAUGUUGAACUGUUUGCCAACCUAGGCUCUCAUCCGGAUAGUAAAGAUAUCGAGAGAGCAAUUCAGUGUACCAAGGUAAGAUGAACUUAUUUUGCGCUAAUUUGCGCCAAUUUUAACUUAAACUGGCAGGCCAAUCACGAGAAACAUACGUGUUUGAAUGAUUACCACUUCCGAAGGAGUGUUGCUCACUGCAUCCUAAACAGAAGCAUUAGGUUUUUCUAUUUCCUUACACGGCUUAGAAAGGCAUAAUAUGCAAUAACGUAAUGGGCUAGUGAGUUUAAUCAACGGUCACUAUUAUUAUUGAUCUAAACGGUGUUCUCUGGGUUUCAGUUGAAUGCUUGUUAGUGCUGCAUAUUUGAUCAUGCGUUUUUGUUUCUUGCAGGAUUUACUAGCGUUUGUGAACCAGAGUGUGAAGGACUGCGAAAAUAGACAAGUACGCGCAUUUAAUACCGUAUUAAUUAUCAUCAUUAUUUACUUUAACGUUGGGCGACCUGUGACUUGUAUUACAAAAGAGCAAGCGCCAGCCAACUUGCAGUGUAGAAUGUUCUUAACUUUUUUUCCUAUCCCUACAGAGACUUGCUGACUUUCAAAGAAAAAUUGACAGAAGACCUCUUGAAAGUACUAGCAAUAAAACAAUGGAAGAGUUUAAGGUACCAAAAAUGAUGGCUUCGUUUUGUAUGACGCCACCCAAGUCGUCUUCUGGCUAACAUCUAGAUAAAAUAGAGCAAAACGUUUCAAUCUUUGUCACGGAGUUAACGUCUUGGCCCAUUUUUCUCGAAGGCCUAUUAUUCCUAACCAGGGGUUAAAUUUUAAUCUGGGUUGCCUUUUUGAGUUGUUGUUUUUCCAAAGCAUUGCCUCCGUUAAUUAUAUCUGAAUAUUUUAGGGCAUCCAAAUAUCAAUUUGUAGGCCAAACCAUUUACAGGAAUUUGCUUUGUCAACAUUCAGAUUUAAGGUACGAAAAAACGGGCAACAAAAAACAUGCAACUUGUUUUGCAUCAUUUGCUACAAAACGAGUUGCAAAGAGAUGUUGCGCGUUUUACCACCCUCAUCAAAUCUGUCUUUCACCAGAUCAGGUUGUUGAAAGGUUUGAACGUUGGUGGUAAAACGUGCAACAUCGUCUUCAACUCGUUUUGUAGCAAUGUUGCAAAACAAGUUGCAUGUUUUUUGUUGCCCAUUUUUCCGUACCUUAAGAAAAUGUUAAUUCAAAUUUCGCUUGUACCAUGGAUUAUCUUACACCGCGGUCAUACGUCCUAGGCGUUUUUCAUUAAUCAUGAAGUGAAAACACGUGCAAAUAUAUCUAAAGCAUAUUGUGAAUGUAAUUUUUUUCUCAUUUCUCAAAAUAAAGAGCUUCUUGCCGCUUUUGAAAAACCUUUGCACCCGACCUAAUUUUUAUUGACAAAUGGCGACAGCAAGUGUGCAGUUUCAGUUUUCAGACACUUAGAGCUUUGUUAGUAAACGUUCAAAGUACUUUGUAAAUCAGCAGCGUAUUGUUAAUGUUUCAAACUUGAACUGGUGAAAAUAAUAACCUUAGCUUUUAAGGACUUAACUUGGCUUUUGCAAAGUCUCUUGUUUGACAUAUUUUAUGCACGUCAAAGCAAAUACUGAAUAACCUGGUAAUUCAAUGAACCAUAUUUGACACUUGGUUUUCAUCUUGUCCUCCCUUGGUUUUUGUUUGUCAUUUCUGUUAGCAAGACAUCAUUCCAGUUGGAAAAGGUUUCGCAAAACGCUCAACGAAUGUUGACAUUUUUAGCGCAGGAUAUUAAUAGUCAAAAACAGGCGCAGGAAAGGCGAAUUUUCCUGGAAAUUUGCCCGUCAGAUUUGCGAGCAGAGGUUUGUCUUGCACGGUUUUAAGCUUUAACGAAGGCGUUCUCGUGGCUUGUCAGUCGCGCGUUCGAACGACUUUGUUAAUGCUAACAGCCAUGCCAGAAAGAAACCUGUGCUCGCAGGGUAACAAGUAGUAAAUCAAUUGGUUUAUUACUUGGCCACUGGAGCUAACACUGCAGUUGUUUUUUAUGUACAUUCCUUUGUCAGUAUCGUAGCACAUACUCAGUCAUGUUGUCUCUCAAGGUACGGUAAAAUGGCCAACACGAAAACGUGCAACCUGUCCUGCGACUUUGCCCCAAAUCCAGUUGAAUAGCGAUGUUGCGCGUUUUGCCACCCACGUAAAAAACCUCGCAACCCUAUUUGUUGCCAGUCAAAUUUGAACGUGGGUAGUAAAGUGCGCAACAUCGCUAGUCAACUCGUUUUGCAGCAAUGUUGCAAAACAGGUUGCACUUGUUUUGCUGCCCGUUUUACUGUAGCUUUAUAACCUUUGCUGUACGUUUUAUCUGUUCUGUGUUCUAAAUUGACUUUUCAUAUUCUUUUAGGACUUGGACCUGACUAAGAAAAAGUUGGUUUAUGAUGGUCCACUGACUUGGAGAAUAAGUCGAACAAAAUCUAUUGGUAAGCUGUUUUGAAUAUCGCUUUGAAUGGGUAUUGGUUGUUUCUUCGUUUAUUUUCACUUCUUCUCCACAACUGUUUUUUCAAUCUUUUUUUUUGUCGCGCAAAUGUGAACUGGAGAGCAAUAUAUUAUCAGGUCUGUCAGGUUCAUUUCAACACUUACUCUUCUUUUGUGCAGUGGGGCGCUGGUUCGAUGAAUUUUCUUUUGAUUCAUCAGUUUUUAACGAAUGAUGUUUUGAUAUUCUCAGAUCUUCAUGUGCUUCUUUUAGAAGAUUUAUUAAUUCUACUUCAAAAGCAGGAUGAUAAGCUUGUUCUGAAGUGUCUUAGUACAACUUUUUCGGCAGGGUACCAAGAUGUAAAGGUAAGUUCCUCUAAAUAUCCAUCAAACCAAUACUAAACAAUCAAUAGAAAACCAACUUGUGGAAAAAACAAGGUAUACUGUGUGAAACAAACUAUUAAAUGAUUUAUUUUUUUCGUUGGAAAAUAAUUGUCCUCGUACAUUUGUAGCACACGGCGGUAAACGUUUAUGUUUCGACCAUAGGUACCCAUAUUUACCCCUUUUUUCGUUGAGACUAUCCAUUGCCAGUAAGCUCAUGUCUAGCCAGAGGACUAUUUUUUAAUUUUUUUAGUGUGUGUGCAAUUCUGUUUGAUGUGUUUGAUGGCGCUAUAUUUAGCGGGUCUUGAUUAUGCCUAAGUGGUUAAAGAUUUAGACAUAUUCUUAUUUCAUCCUUUAGACCACUCACAGCCCUAUAAUCAAACUGAAUAGCGUUCUGACAAGAAAUGUGGCAACAGGUGGGUUUAACUAUGUACACAGUGUCCUUUUUAACUUGAGAUGAACUAGUAAAUUCCUACAUAAGGUAUAACUAUUAAAUCAUCAUGCGCAUGUAUAGUGGCCGUAGCUUCUGUGGUCGUUGGUUUACUUAGGGGCCAGUGCAAUUUUGAGUUAUAGCACAGCUCUGCAGAGAAGUAUUGGUCUUUCUCUCUUUCUACUAAGAAAAAUAUAAUUUUAAUGGUUCAUAUGACUUUCGUUUACUUUCAAACUGAACAUUUUGAUGAAAAAAUCUCUGCCAGUGAGUGCCUGUCUUAAAUAACACUUUCAUUAGGGUGCAUUUACAGCUCAGUAUUGUGAAUUAGCACUAAAAAGCCCCAAUAAAAUGGAUAACAAGUUAUUUGUAUUGUGUCCAACAGACAAAAGAGCUUUCUUUCUUGUGAGCACCUCAUCCACUGUUGGACCACAGAUUUAUGAACUAGUUACAGCAACAGUCACAGAUCGGAAGAAGUAAGUCCCUUGUGGUCAAAGUAUUUUUAGCUUGAAUUUUUACUGACCAUUCACUGAUUAAGCGCCAAAUAUUAAAUUUCCAUAGUUUGUUACCUUCCAACUGCAUCUCAGGCGUUUCCAUCUGUGUACACAAUUGUUUGGACGUUGUUAUUGGUACAAAGUUUAAUUUUAAUUUUUGGUUCGGAACAACUGGAACUGCAGUCUUACAACACGCGAUCAAGAGUCGAUUCCCACCUACCUCCUGUAUUGAUCUGAGCGUCGUUUAGGAUGGACUCCCAAUAUGGUUACUAUGAGGUUACUAUAUCAUAAUUUUUAUCAAAAUUUUGUAUCUGAGAAUUAGCUUCUAAUUUUGACUGAAAAGCUUUCGUUCACUUCUAUGGACUUUUUUCGCUUUGUGUGUUCAACUCAUGUUAUAUCUCGUGAUAUAUGAGCGUUCAUCUUAUUAAUAGCUAUAAUGGUAUUGAUGAUAUAGCUUCUCUCUCCACAGCUGGUUUAAGUACAUAACAGAUACCGCCGAGGCAUACAAAGGGAAAGGUAGGUUAAUUUCAAACUUUAUUUCUGAAAAAGGCGUGUAAAUGUUUAGGAUUUUGUGAGGGAACGGCAGUCAACUUGUCAGCAUCCUCUCUUAAUUCUAAAUUCGACCUCGGAGUUUUCUUUCUUGUAAUCCAUUAAAGUACGUAUGGUUUGGCCGCUAUGAGUAGUAGCAGGCAAAUCAAACCAUGCAGUCAUUCGUCAACAGCGGUGUAAGUAGUAGGGAAGUCUACUAACCAGGUUAUCCUUACAUUUUUGGAACUAACCACAAAGGUGGUUUGUUUUCUACAGAGCGAGGUCGCCGAUUUGCUUUAUCAGUUGGCGGUCAACAAACAAUAAUGGAUCCAGGUGACCCAACCGAAUUACCAGGAAGGAGAGUCAAUCCAGCAGCUAAAGAAGAGGGGGAAUCUACCAAUGCGGAGAAGUUUGUUAAUACAAAAACAGAAGAGGACGAAGCAGAUAAAGACAAUGAUGCAGAUGAUGAUGACUCGGAAGAAGAACAACCUCGGGAUGAUGAGGAGGAGGAGGAAGAAGAUGAUGAUGAUGACGACGACGAAGAGGAAACUGAGAAAGAAGCUCCAAGAGAAGCAGCUGUGGAGGAAGUACUGGUUCCUAAGAUUGUUGAGCCACCUGUAGAGUCUCAGGUUGAAACAGAGUCUGAACACGAGUCUGACCGUGAGUCUGAAUCAGAAGUCAAACAAGAGUCAGAAGUGGAAUCACCACCAAAGCUGCAUAUAGAGUCCAGUCCUCCUAGUGAUUCAGAGACUGAUGUAUGUUUCAAACUAUUCAGCUGAUCUUGCUAUAAUUUAGCCUGCGCGCAGACGAAAUUAUACUCUGGUUAACUCCGUCUGCGAAACAGCGCCGAAAUCCUUGUUCUGGACUUCCAGCUGUGUACCCAGAUUUGAGUACGCGCCACGAUUGGCCAGUUAAAAAAGGCCUUCGUUUUGUUUGUCGUGAUCGCCAAUCAGGUUGAAGGGAAAUUCGAAACGCACUUCCGGUAAUUCGUUGAGUCCGUUGGGGUUCAGAACAAGGAUCUCUGCGCUGCUUCGCAGACGGUACUAAUCAGAGUUUAGUUAUCGUCUGCACGCAGGCUAGCUAUAAUUGUUUAUUGUAAUAAGGAAAGUGCGACUGCUUGGACUGAAGAUUAUCAGCACCAGCCCAGCAAGAAGUUUUUUGAUAACUGGAUUAUUACGGGUUUCGGGGAAAGUAUAUUCCAGACCCCAACAUGUCAUAGAGAUGGUACUUGACUAGAUCUUAACAGUCCAAAAAUUGAAAAUGGGUAAAACAAAAAUAGCCGUUCAGAGGUUAGAAAUUUUUUAUUUUAUUUUAUUUUAGCAUAAUUCAGACAGUUAUGAUUAACAGUUUUGUAUCUGCUGUUUUAGGUUCUUUCAGCUGAAGACAGUGAAGCCCCAGUAGAUUCGUCAGUUGUGAACAGGGAUUCGUUAGCGGAGCUCACAAAUGAGGAAAGUGUAGAUGACAGAUCACCUUCUCUGGAGCGUAACAGCAUUAUCUCUGACAGUUCUUCCAGUUCAUCGAAUGACACCUUGAAAAUGAGAGGAAGCCUUGUUCACAUGUCUGCUGAUGAACAGGAUGAUUCUAUAAGUAAUAAUCCAGCGCGCUCUUCAGUCAUGUUGCUUGGUAAGUAUUCCCUAUUUUCCUUUCUUUUUUAUCCGAAAAACUGGCUCGUUGUCUAUCUUCAGGAGGUUUUAUUUCGUGAAUCCAAAUGUCUGUAUUUGCUGGUUAUAAAUUACCAGUCUUCCGAAGUUUUAAGUAAUAUUCACGUUAUUUCACAAGAAGCAAGAACAAUAGUUGUUAGCCUAAAGUAUCAGUUUCUUCACUUUUGACUGCUGAAGUCUUAGUCUUGUAGCUAAUAACGUCUGUAUUUCGGGCAAACAAUACAUCGAAGACAAUUACAUUAUUUUUGUUUGUUUUUUAGAAUUGCUGAGGUCGAAGGAUGAAGAGCUUAGAAAAAUUUUAGAAGAAAAAUCUAGACUUGUUGCUGAACUGAGGGUAAAACGUUAUUGUAUAAUAUUCAGUUACACUGUAAUUCCGACCCUUUUUCCCUCCAUAAACCUUUGCCAUUUCGUUACGUAAAUUUCAUAAGAUUGCAUACUUAAAGAAACGAUUAACCCUAGUACAGUACAUACACUAACACAAUUUCACUGGAACACACUUUGAAAUAAUCAUGGAUCUUUUUCUUUAGCUUGUUUUUAUGUCUGGUUAGCAGUGAGGGUUGUUUUUAGUGUGUGACAAGAUAUUGGAUUGCUGUACCGCAGCGCAGUCAGUUAUAAUAGGUACAACAGACGACACAGCUUAGUGCUCGAUGAAGUAAUUUUUCUCUCUCUGGAAUCGUGGGCCGUUGCAGCUGUCCAUAUUAGAUUACUUUUUAUUACUUUUUUUUUUUACCUAGGGAGUGAAUAUGACAGUAGGAGCAUCAACCAGUGAGGUAGGUGUCGAUUUUGCCUUGUUAAUGCAGAAUUGAAUUAAAGUUUUAGGUUCAAAAUGUUUGCAACCAUCAGUCCACUCACUCAUUGACUUAAUCAAGGCAAUUUUUGUUGUAGCUCAGUGCUUUUGUCGACGAAUAGAGUACUUUUUUAAGCGUUAACGUUUCGAAAUGUGACUUGUUGUUCAUAAAGUUAAAGGAAAUCUCGUACCCAAUCAGACGUCACUUCUCUGGUUUAGUGCGAGACUUAUGUUAAGCAGGAGUUUUUGCGUGCUGGAAUUAUCCUUUGGCUUACCACUAUUUGGGUGCAUUUUAUUUCAGAGUCAUAUCAACAGUGAUUCAGUGGAGGCUAGGUAAUUACUGUUCCUUUACCACAGUUCUAUUUGCAACGAACUGAGUGCAGUGCUUGCUCUGAUUCUUUUUACCUAUUUGUUAGUUUCCGUCGCUCAGUAGAUUUUAUAGGUAUUAUAUUAUUUUGUAGAAACUGUAAAUAUUUUGCAGAUGGUGCAAAACAUGUUAUUAUAUCUUGUAUCUUCGAGGAAAUUAAUUCAUUUUUCUGUCUUCUUUGGUAGGGAUUUGAUACUAGCCGCCAUUCUUCAAGGUUAGUUGUAAUAUUCAUAGUGGUGACUUGUGGAACUUUUGCGUUGUCUUGAACUUUUAGCUAUUCUGAAGUUCAUGUACACAAUUUGCCUUAAGUUCGUGUGGCAAAACUUGUAAUGCACAUUUAUCGUAAGGGUUGUUUUGAAAGGAUCAUAACGAAUUGAAAUAACGUAAAAUUCCGAAAAGAAGCCCCAAGGCUUAUAUUUUUCAAAGGCCCUUUUUGAGGGGCUUAUUUUUGUACGAAGGGAAAUUAUGUGUUACAAAAUCGGUUAGGCUUACACUUGGAGGGAAAUUUGCGUCCCAAAAUCGAUUGAGCUAGCUUUUAGUUGGAAGGAAUUUUAUGUCAGUAAAUUGCACGAAGGUUUUACCGAGACUUGUCGUGAGGAAGUAGAUCUUCCUAAAAUUUAGCCAUGCAAAGUUAAAAAACUAUGGUGCAGGGUGGCGGAACAUAAUUUCCUAGCAACUGCUUUGUCUAUAUGGACCAAAGAAAUCCAAGCCAAGAGUGAAAAGUGCACCACGCAAACAGCAAUAAGCUGUGACACUUUUUGACUGCGAUCAUUUUGCACACGUAAUAGUCUUUGGAAAAUAAAACAAAAUUGUGUUCCUGUACCGUUUUUGCUUUGUUUUAUGUCGUAUUUUACGGCUGUUUCCAAGUAUAGACCUCCCAGGGCUUGGAUUCGGAGGGGCCAUUUAAGAGGGUUACAUUUACCAUUUACAUAGGUUUUUGCGUUACGAGUUUGGGUGGCUUAUAUUUUGAGGUGCUUAUAUAUCGAGGGGCUUUUCUUUCGGAAUGGUACGGAAAUAUAAAGAAAUGGAAUCUUAUCAAUUCUUUUUCCCGUAAUUUUUUUGCCCUAUGGCUCUUUUUAUGUGUGGAUAUAUAUUUUUUUGAUUUGUCAUUUUUCGCGGUAUUUUCAUAGAGUAAGAAAUUCGUAAGAAUCCCGAUGUUUCCGAUCGUUUAUCGCAUAUGCCUUCUGCGCUUCAACUUUUUCUCCGGAUUAAGUGUAGACUGAUCGAUCUAAAAAUUUAUAUGUAGACUAGUGCUACUGAUCUACCGUUUAACUGCUGUUUCUCUAAAUAGAUAAUAUACGUGCUUUACCACUCAGAAUUGGUCACUGAAAUCGGCUUUUGUUACUUCUGAUGGGAUCUUGUUAUGUUUUAUUUUAGCAAAUCGUUUAACGGUUGCUGUGAGCGAUGUGUUAAAUCCAAAUAUAGAUGACGUUUCUCAUGGUCUGGUAUCACUGGGUUGUGAUGGUGUCCAGAGCGACUUCUCGCCGCAGGUACUACCGUGGCUAAUGUUUAGUUUCAUUUUCACCAUAUAUAAAUAUAUUUUUAACCAAUACAGUAUUUUAGGUAGGCCAUAGGCUUGCUACCGAAAGGAUUAGCAUGUUGAAACUAAAAUAUCAAAGCUAAGUGCCUAUGUGUUGUUAUGAUUUCUUAAUGAAGGACUCAAUUUUAUAAAAGAGUUAGAGGAACUCGUCUUUAAUGAAUAGGCUGUUAGUUAGGUAACAAGUACUUAGUGUGUGUUCGAUUUGCCGUAUUUCGGAAUACGAAUGGAUGGAUUAAAAUCUAGAAGUCAUUUGUUUUCGAAUUCGUAUAGUGCAUUGCAAUAUCUCGAAAUGUGCUUGAAAUGAAAUAUUCCAGUGUAUGCAGAGUUUAAAUGGCCCAAAAAUCACGGUAGAAGAGAUUUGCGUUAAAACUUUUGCGUAUUCUUAUUCCAAAAUACGAUCAAUCGAACGCACCAUAGUGGAGCGACAGUGAGUUCAUGUGAUCAUAAUCAGUGUCAAUUGAUUUUGAUAAUGUACAUAACAUAACUUCAUUUUUCUUUCAUUUUAGCAACAACUUGUUUUGUCAACGUCGGUGUUGAAUGAGCAGCUUACAACUUUACUUGUAAGUAGCAGCGAAGUUUACUGCCUUUUUUUUAGUGUUCGUUACGUUGCUAUAUACGAGCGCUUAACUUGCCUUUAUAAUUUCCUUCUCUUUCAGGGAGUUAUAACUGAUCGAGACAUGGCAAGGGAAAGGUAAACUUAUACCUUUUCGAUUUUGAAGGGUGAUGUUGAAUUUUGUGUCAUUAAUCCCUGUUCCGAUUGACGCGAUGUUUCAAGGUCUGUUAGAGUACCCCAUACAGUGCACUCUGAAGCUGGAACCUGGAAUAAGUUUUCCGUGUUAGUCAAGGCUUGGAAACCCUCUCACCUAAAAAAAAACUGACUUCUAAACAGUGUCUCUUUUCGUUUUUAAUGCAGGUUACGGUGUGACCUUCAAUACGCUAACUCGCAAAUUCAGCGCCUUAAACAGGGCCGUUCAUCAUCCCGCCGCGUAAGAGAACUUCCCGGUUCCCAGUUCUCUAUCAACGAUGAGCAGUUUUCGCCAGGAUUCCAAUCGGAUUCCCCUCGGCCCAGCUCUCCUUCAUCUACUGUAGACUUAGACUCGGGUAAGCGCAACUUGUAUCUAUAUGGAGCUGUUUGUUAAGAUACUUUUGCUUGAUACAACUGUAUGAUGCUUGCUUUUGUUGCUAGAUUUUAUAAGGCAAUACAGUAAAACCUGUGUCAGCGGAUACCCGGCUCACUGGACUGUCGUUAGUGUCCUCCUCAUAAAGCCGUUUUACAGAAAAUAUGGGAAGAAAAGUUUGCGACUUACUGAUGCAUGUGCAGUGCUCAUGACUCAGGGUGCAAAUUGCUCAAUAUGCCGUCCGGUUUAGUACCGGUUUCACUGUAUGGAAGGGUUAUUGAUAGGUAGGGAUGGGUUUGUGAAAUACGUGCUUUUGAAGAAAAAAUAAAACAGGGGUAAACGUGGGCUUUUAAAUGAGCUUUUUGCCAAUGACUCUUGUGAGGUGAUAUCAAACUUCGCAUCUGGGAAGUAAAACUACCUGAACGUGCUUGAAGGAAAAAAACUGACCAUCUUUGAAAAGGAAUGUAUUUAUAUUACGUGUAAAGGUGCGUUUGAUUGAUCGUAUUUGAGUAUGGGGAUGUUCAGAGGAACUGCUAAAAAAUAUAAUCCAUUAUAUCGAGACCUCAAAGCUACUGGAAUACAACACGCACACAUCAAAUCUUAAGGCAAAUCAGUAUUGUGCGAAUUUUAAUGAUUCGAAACUGGCCUAUUCCUCGCUUCAGUUUUAUGGAACGAAUACCAUCAAGCUAAAGCACCUUAAACAGAAUCCCCGGUUUCCAAAAGUUGAAAGAAACACACGCAAAUGUUGAUAAUUUCUUAGCAGCUCGAGAAAAACCCUUAUGUUUUUCGUCAGCGCCGGUCACUACCCAUUCUCGGACACCCAGGGGCGGUCAGCUGGUCCGGGAAAGAGAAGGGCAAAAGUUUUUAAGAACGGACGGGAGAGCCCCUGGGAUGCCACUCUCAACGAACCAGUUCCACGACACAAUCGAAUGCUUGUAUCUGAUCGGGCAUAAAAUUACGGUGCGUAAUCGGAGGCCAGCAUCUAUCGCGCUGCUUUCGUGAUCUUAUACGAGCGAGUUUACCUUCAAACUUGACUGUUUUCGCCUACUCGGCAUACUUGUCAUUCAUGUGCAGGAGAAAUUUCCUCUCCCAUUAAAGUUUGUAGUUUUGUCCUUAAAUAUUUCCCCUCAGUGACACGAGAAGACCGAACGAAACUGGUCGAGUAAACUUGCGGGGUUGCUUGAAGAAGCCUAGAAGUGCUCUGUUUUUACUAAUUUACCUUUGAUUGACCCACAGUCUGAUUUCUUCGGUUGGUGCAUUUUGCAUUUUGUUUUGUUUUGCUAACAUGCUAAAUUAUGGAAUUUCUUUGGUUUUUUGGGCCCUGUCUUCACUAAAAAACUCUUCUCGAUGAAAGCUCGGCUGCUCGAGCCAGACAGGUACGGCCAACAGACAUUUUCGCAGAUAAACUACUUUGUAUAAGAAGACGACGAAGGCAGCGCGAUUAAUGCCGGCCCCCGAUUGGGUCAAUCAGAAACUAGCAGUCGACUGAGUUGUGGAACUGGUUCUUUAAGAGUAGCAUCCCAGGGUCUGUCUUGCCCGUUCUUGAAAACUUUCGCUGCAGUUUUCCCGACCCAAUUGACUGCCCGUUGGUCUCCGAACAUGGUCACUGCCAUUGAAUACAAAUAAAGGGGAUUCGUGCAUAGCGUUUGUGUGUGUUAAAAGUGGGAAGGUGGUAAGUUAAACGCUGGUAAUUGCAAAUAAAUCUCCGACGUUUCGGCAAUGCUGCCUUCAUCAGAAAAAAAAUGUGUGACAUCUGACAUCAGACAUCACACACCGACAUCAUAUAUCUGACAACAAACAUUAGACGUCUGACCUCAGACAACAAACAUCAGACUUCAUAGAGACAGUAGACAUCAGUUGUCUGACAUCAGACUUCAGACCUGUUACAUCUGACAUAAGACAUAAUACAUCCGACGUCUGAUGUCAGAUGUCUGUUGCAUGUCAUGAGGUCAGACGUCUGACAUCAGACAUCGCACGUAUCACACAUCAGGCAUCUCCCAUCAGACAUACAUGCGGUUCAAUUUUAUCCUUGGUUCAAAUUUUCCCUUCUUUUGUUUUUGGGUAUGGUAAUGUACAUGUAUGAUAAUAAUAUGAUAAGCGGUUUAAAACAAAAGAAAAGAAAAUUUGAACAAAGGAUAAAAUUGAACCACAACAUACAUAUCACACAUCAGACAUCAUACAUAUAUCACACAUCACACGUCUGACAUCAGACAUGUGACAUCAGACGGGUGCUGUCAAACAUCUGUAUCUGACGUCAUACAUAUCACACAUCAGACGUCUGACGUCAGACAUGUGACAUCAGAUGCCUGACAUCUGACAUCUAAAAUCAGACGUCCGACAUCAGACAUCAGACAUCUGGCAUCAGAUGUUUGACAUCUGAAAUCAGACGUCUGCUGUCAGACAUCUGAUAUCAGACGUCAUACAUAUCACACAUCAGACGUCUAGCAUCUGACAUCAGACGUCUGACAACUAAGAACAGACAUCAGACGUCGAAGAUCAGACGUCUGACAUCAGGCUUGUAAAAUCAGACGUCAGAUGUCUGACAUCUGACGUCUGACAUCAGAUGUCUGACAUCAGACAUCUGAAAUCAGACGUCUGCUGUCAGACAUCUGAUAUCAGACAUCAUACAUAUCAUACAUCAGACAUGUGACAUCAGAUGCCUGACAUCAGAGUGUGACAUUAGACAUCUGACUUCAGACGUCUGACAUCAGACAUCUGACAUCAGACGUCUAUUGUCAGGCUUCAUACAUAUGACACAUUAGGCGUCUAGCAUCUGACAUCAGACGUGUCAUCUGAAAUGUGAAAUCAGACGUCUAAGAUAACACGUCUGACAUCAGACAUUGACAUCAGACGUCUGAUAUCAGACAUGACACAUCAGACAUCUGACAACUGAGAUCAGAUGUCUGUCAUCAGACGUCUGAGAUGGCACGUCUGACCUCAGAUGUUUGACACCAGAUGUAUGAACAUCAGACGUCUGACAUCUGACAUCAGACGUCUGACAUCAGAUGUCUUACAUCAGACGUCUGCUGCCAGACAUGAUAUGAGACAUCAUACAUAUCACACAUCAGACGUUUGGCAUCAGAUCCGACACCAGAUGUAUGAACAUCAGACGUCUGACAACUGAAAUGAAACGUCUGACAUCAAAUAUCUGACGUCUGACAUCAGACGUCGAACUUCAGACGUCUGAGAUCAGACGUCAGACAUCAGAUGUCUGACAUCUGACAUGAGACGUCUGACAUGAGACGUCUGAAAUCGGGUGUGUAACAUCAGAUGUUUGACAUCAGACAUCUGAACUGACAUAUUUUCCCUGAUGAAGGCAGCAUUGCCGAAACGUCGUAGUUUUAUUUGCAAUUAUCAGCGUUUAACUUACCACCUUCCCACUUUCAACACAGCCAUUGAAUGUCGAUUGUGUUAUUGCCGAAGCAGUGGCAUGUAGAACGUAGUUUAAUGGUACUACUUUCUGAUGUUCUUUCAUGUUCUUUCUCUGUAAACAGAUUAUGCGCGUUUAUCAGAGACUAGUGACUAUUUGGCAUCUGAAGAUAACAUGGUAUGAUUCGUUAGGCUUUUGUUAGGGAUUUCUUGUUGGGUGGGUGUUUUUAAGACAUGUGUUAUUACUUAGUGAUCACUUAGUCUUUGUUCAUCCAGACAACUGUUAUUUGUUUGUUACAGUGUUUUUCUUUCGUUUGUAUAAACAGACGUUAAUGCAUGCAACAUAUACUACUCGGUUUCACUCCAGCCAAAGUGAAUUCAGUCUGUUAUUGAGUAAUACCACCGUGUUUGUUUGUUUAUUGGUGUGUUUUAUUGAGUAGGCUGUUGGCCUUGUAACUGUAGUAGGCUGAGUUGAUUUGUGGUAGUGGCAAACGGGGUGUGAACAUAUGUUGAAGCCUUACGUCGAGUCUAGAAGUGAUAUAUUCUUGUCACCAAAAUAUUCAGUAUUCAGACUUUGGUGCCGGUUUUUAUAGUGACAUUGUGAGUGAAUUAUUUGACUUAGGGAAACGCAUGCAGCGUUUUUAUCAUGUAAGUGAGAUGCAUCUUCUUUACCUUGUCUAUCCUUUUCAUCCAAAGAAAUACAUGAUUAACAUUGGGCUUUCUUUCUCCUCAAAGAUGAUAGAGUUUACUAUUUGGCAGUGGCCUUUCUUAUUGUACUAACAGCUGUUGUUUUUGCCGGAUUUAACAGGAACCAGUGACGCGGUCUUCGUCGUUUUCUGGGUAUCGAACGAGAAGCUCAUUGGUAAGUUAUCAGUCUUUGUUAUCCCUUCUCUGCAUGUUUCUUUCAUACCUUUGUACCCAGUUCAUUGCUUUAAAUCUAAGAAUAUUAUGUGGUCCAUAUGUUUUUCCUUUAAUAUGACGAGGUCUUGCGCAAAUAGUAUUUCUACUAAAUUUUUAAACAACAGGAUUUAAAGCAUUUUUCUUAAAAUGGUGUGCAAAUUUAACAGUAUAACUGCUAAAGAUAUUGUUAGAAGUGUAUUGAGUUACAUGGGCGGUAUAAAUUUUUUUCUUUUUGAGAGUUAGUAGAAGCUUUCCUUAAGAGACCUAAAGACGUGUUGCAAGCAUGUGAUUGGUUAUUUAUAGCUUUAAAAUCACACAUUAGCUAACGCACAAAUUGUUGUUGUUGUUGUUGUUUGGAUUGUGCUGUGUUAUAUGUAACACCCUACACCCCCAGCCCACAUUCUAACCAGUAACUGAAGCUUAUUUAAUUUUAUUAAGAUGCUAACAAAUCCAGAUCUCGCAAUUGGCACCGAAUGCUACGACGUAUAGCACGUGGUAAGUCAUUCGGUAUUCUUUUGCACGCCACACCCAGCUAGUGCUCAAUAUAAACCAACAGUUUAUCUCCUUCUCGUUUUCUGAAGAGUCUAUUGAACGUCAUUGUGAUUUGUGUAGGCCGGCGUUCAUUAGGUUCUUAUGCAACGUUUGUCUCUAUCAGCACGAUAUCUCUCUUCAACAGUCUAAGAAAGAUAUGUAUUAAGUAUGAGAACCUUAAAAGAAGAUUCCUAUUUACCAUCAUUUGAAAUCUGUAAUUGCAAACCAUCAUAGUCAAAGCAAGCGAAGUUUACUCAUUGUAGUGCACAGUUGAAGGGUAAUGAGGACAGUAAAUACCCUGUAAACGUUGCUUUAAAUUGCGGAGAACUUCCUGCCAGCUGCUCUCUACGCAGAAUUUUAAUGUAAAUCAAGAGUAUCAUCUUGUAGGUAUUAACUCGUUAGAACCAGAAUUCGAAGCACAUGAACUAUUGUUUAGCCUGGCAUGCUUUUUCUAAAAAUAGAGGGUAACGGAACUAUCCUUUCGAAACUAGUUGGAGAGAAGUUUCCGGCAGGAGGUUCUGGUGCAGGUUUUAGAACGUUAUCCCUUGUUUGUUGUUGUAAGUUUAAAACUGUAGUUUAAAAUCAACAUUGCUUAAGUCAGACAUUUUAAGCUGAACGGAUCGUUCUCCACGAGUUUAUCAACAUUUGACUCUUCAGUACGUCAAACGGUAUAGUCUUGUGGCUUUUGAUGUGUUUACUACAACCAAUAAACAGUACAUGGUAAAUGCAUAUUUACCUUCGUCUUUCUUUCUUUCGAUUGCCAUGUAUGUAUACGCUUUUGGGUACAAAGGUAGCUUAUUGCAGUUUAAGAAAGAGGACCUGCAGGCGAAUUCAGCUGUUUUCAUGUCGCGGAAGAUGUUUGAAUAACGGGUAGGCAAAGUCCUUUGGUCGCCAGCUGUAAUGUGGAUGAUGUGGUUCAAUUAUACCCUUGGUUUAAAUUUUAUUUGCCUUUGUUUUAAAGUCAUUAUCGUACACUACCAUACCCAAGAACAAAGGAAAAUGAAAUUUAAACCUAGUUUAAAAUUGAACUUCUGUUUACCUCUAAGAUAUCUCAGUUGUCGUGCUGUUAUUGUCUAGAACGAAAGCCGUUGGAAAGUCGAUCAUGAUUGUAAGGUCGUUCAUUCAGCGCGUCAAAGGGAAGGAAAAAGCAAGCAGUCGGAGCAUGUGAGCACCAGUUGAAAUCUGCGUUGUUGCUAUGUGCUGUGCCCACACCUAGUGCCUGCGCUACAGACGAACCUAAACCUCUGGUUGAGUCGACUGCGAGCAAGCGCCGAAAUCCUUAUUCUGAAUCCUCCUCCUAAUUUUUAUUGUUUUCCCUCCUCCUCAUUCUUAUUGUUUUCACAGACUGGUUAUUUAGAUUUUCAGUUUGGCCUGAUUUUGGCUAUUUCAGCCUGAUUUUGGCCUUUUUGGGCUGUGCUUUGCCUUUUUGGCCUGUCUUUCCUUCUAAAUAACCUGUCUGUGAAAACAAAAAUGAGGAGGGGGAGGGAAAACAAUAAAAAAUGAGGAAGAGGAGGAGGAGGGAAAACAAUAAAAAUGUAGUGGUGGUGGUGGUGGAGGAAAACAAUAGAAAUGUGGUGGUGGUGGUGGUGGUGGUAUAACUUUGCUAUUCAUGCAGCUGUGUCGAAAGAAACUGAGUGUAGGGUCGAUGUAAGGCUGGUGUGGGGUCGAUGUGAUGGAGGGAAAAUAAAAUUAAAAAAAGACUUAGUUUGCCUUCGCCCUCAUUAAUAUGCACGAUUUACACGCCAAGAAUCAUUAAACUGGAGCUAGGACAAUGGCAGCAGUAGGAAUAGAACUUGUAUAAUAACGUUACGACUCAGUGGUUUUAAGUCGUAGACAAGGUUGAGUUUACUCGUCAGACAUCAUGAAUUAACCAAUGAAAACGUUUCUUGUUUUCUAAUCAACCAAUCGAAAUCCAAGACAUUUAUCGACCUUAAAGUUACUUGAAAACCUGUCAGACCGGUUAAACCAACUAUUAUAUGCAAAUGACCUUAGCUUAAUGAGAUUCCUCCUCAUUUUAUUCAUGGUAAAAGACAAAAAGGUAUGACGUAAUUUGGCGUUAGUGUAUUCCACACAAACAUUCAUUAAUUCCACAAAAAAAGGAUAAUUCGGUGUCUACUAUACUACUCGUUUGGAAUACAUGAUUAUUGGUGCACACAUUUAAAACACUUUUUCUUCUGUUAUUUGCGCUCGUUAUUCAGACUCUUUGCUUUAAAUUAGAGAGAAUGUUCUUUUUUUUGUUUUUUUGUUUUUUAGCCUUUUUCACUUUGUUUGUUGUUUUUUAGCCUUCGCUGAUUCUCUUUCUCGCUCUCACGAUUCUCUUAUUUGCAGGCCUCCAGUGGGUACCGAUCUUCUACGGCUUCCUCGCGGCACACUUGGCGCUCUCGGGAUGAAGCUGCAUCAACAUGGCGUCGAGGAGGCCGUUCCGCCAACUGGACCUACUGGAGCGACGACGGUGCGGAAUACGAGUCACAAUCACAGAUCUAA